AGGGGCUGUGAAGCUGUGUGGCCAGCACCAUCUGUGAGCUUGGAUGAAAACUCAUUUACAGGUAAGAGUAAAUACAAUCAUAACAUCCACCAGUCUGGUCAGCUAAAUACAUAUCGGUGGGAUUUGAUGUAGUAACAGUAGCUGACCCUCAUACUCACGAGGGUAAAUCAAGUGGGCACUGGCGCUCACACCACCGUACGACUCUCACUGCAGAUACUUGAUUUUAUGACCAACCAGGCUAACCAAAAUAGCUCCUGGUGUGCAGUCAGAGGGUUUUGGCCACUUGUUUCAAUCCUUCAAACUCAAGGUCUCAAGAGAAGAGUCAGUGUCUCAGAGUUGUGGGUCUGGUCAAAUUUAGGAGUACUUUUUAUUGGUGUGCAUAUCUAAAGAUAAGUGCAGUGUUGUGAUUUCUUUAGUUUGUAGUGAUUAGGGUGACCGUACGUCCUCUUUUACCCGGACAUGUCCUCUUUUUGGGGGGCUGUCCAGGCUUGUCCAACUUUGCCUGGGGAAGUUUAUAAAAUCCUUCAAAUGUCCACGGUUUUGUACGAGAGUUUCGAUUUUGUGUCACGUAGACACUCAAUCUGAAAAAGUAUUUUUUUUUUAUUUACUUCUGCAUCCAUAAAAACUGUAUUUUUUUUAGAUUAUUUAAAAGUUAAAGCCCAGUGAACUGUCAGACUGAUGGAAGGAGUUUUUGCAAAGAGGCUAAAAGUCUGCCUCAGCUUCUCCUCUCUCUGUCUCUAGAUUUGGCUGCUGGUUAGGUUGAUCCAGCAGUCCAAUUUGGCAACUGCGACCAUUUGGCAUCAAAUCCCCUUUCAAACCUCACAGAGACUAAUACUCAGUGGCACAAAUGCUGCGAUAUAAAUCACUGAUUGAAUGCUUGGUGAAAUUUUCCAGUCUUUUUUGUCAUCCAGUGACUGGCUUGGUCUACUUUUGGUAGAACUCAAAGUAUAUGAUAUCCUCUCCAACUUUUAUUUUUUUUUCCAACGUUGAAUGACAGAAGAGUGUGGGAGUAAAAAGUCAAAGAUGUCCUUGCAUAAGCUGCAGGGAAAGACAUCUGCAUAGAAAUAUUCUCCGCCUGUGCAUAUUUGCUCUCUUAAAAUUAUGGGUCUGUUCAGCGAGGGGAAGCAGGUGCGGCUCACAUUUACAUAUGGAUGUUUUAAAUGGGGACCACACUGCAGCCAGCAGUUUGGAAUAUAUGAAGCAGAUGGUACCUGGUCAGCAGAGGAAGGUGAAGGAGAGGUUCUCAGUCGGAGGAAUGUUUGCAACAGGAACUCAAAAGAGACCUGUAGUACUGCUGCAGCCUUGGACAACUACAGAGUAGCUUUGAUUGAUCUACAGCUUCCAUAACUCCUUACUCAUAUUAUUCUGGCUUCAGUGAAAACCCUAAAAUGCUUUUUUUUUUGGCUGCUUUUCUUACAAAGCAUCAGAUUUUGAAGUCAAAUCUAAUGCACUCUAGAAGCCCCCGUGAUAGCACUUUGGUAACACUUUAUUUGACGCCUAUCUCUAUAACGCAUUAUAAUUAAAUGUAUAAUGCAUUAUAAUCAUGUUAUAGCACUGUAUAACUAUCGUUAUGAACACUUGUACAUGAUCAUAAUGCUUUAUAGCAAUAAUCAUAACACAUUAUAAAGCAUUUAUCAUGACUUACAAGGUCAGGUAUUAUAAUGUGUUAUAACUGUUAACAACUCACUGACAAUGCCCACAUAGAUAAUGCAUCAUACAUAUGAUAUGUUAUAACUUGCUUAUAUACUUGUAUAACUAUCAUUAUAAACACUCAUUAAUUAUCAUAAUGCUUUAUAACAAUAAUCAAAACACAUGGUAAUACCUGACCUUGAAAGUCAUGAUAAAAUGCUUUAUAAUGUGUUAUGAUUAUUGCUAUAAAGCAUUAUGAUCAUUUAUGAGUGUUUAUAAUGACAGUUAUAAACGUUUAUAAGCAAGUUAUAACACAUCAUAAAUAUAUGUAUAAUGCAUUAUCUAUGUGGGCAUUGUCAGUGAGUUGUUAACGGUUAUAACACAUUAUAAUACCUGACCUUGAAAGUCGUGAUAAAAUGCUUUAUAAUGUGUUAUGAUUAUUGCUAUAAAGAGUUAUGAUCAUGUACAAGUGCUUAUAACUAUAAUUAUAGAGUGCUAUAACGUGAUUAUAAUGCAUUAUACAUAUAUUUACAAUGCGUUAUAGAUGAGGCGUAAAGUUAAAUGUUACCAAAACUUCCUCUACGUGCUCAGGUGACCCACUCUGACUCUCUCAAGGAGGAAACCCUCCUGUGUGGCGUCUGCAUUAAACAGCAGCCCGGACCCUCUGAGCGGGAGACGCAUGUUUCAGCAGGGCCAUUACCGCUGAAACACGAGAACAUGUUUUCACGUACGCACUCGCUCAUACUUUACACACACAAGGUAAUGCGCAUACAAACACUGGUGCGCACAAGCAGGUGUGCUGGCAACAGCAUCUUUCAACAUGACUGCGCUCUGAGGUACACACUGCAGAGCGUGGAGAAGCCGUGUGUGUGUGUGUGUGAACAAGUGUGUGAGAGUAAAUGCAGAGCGAAGUAUUUGAGAGGUCAUGAACUCGUGAAUGAAAAAAGUGGCUUUUCCAUUACAUCUCACUCCAAGUCUCUGUGUUAUGAAUUUGUUGUAGAUACAAACCUAACUGUGCAUGAAUGUUCUCUUCAAUGGAUAAAUGCUCUUGUUCCUAUCAUAAAAUAGGUGGAUUUCCAUUACAGGCUCGGGCUUUAUCGCAGCAGGGUUUUCCAUUGCAUCAGGUAGUUUGAUUCAACCAGAUCGGAUGGUAUUAAACACCAGGUCCUGAAAACUGCCCCAGUAUUUAAAGUAUGUUAGUGCUUAACAGCUUCUGCUCAAGUUUGAUCCAAGUAGAACACCUCAAAUUGAUCCAGUGGGCGAGAAUAAAGUAUUACAAGAGUCUCCUGGUCUGGCAGUGAUUGGGGAAAAGUGUUGUUUGUCCCCAAGAGGGCACUAUACCAAAACUUUUCUUCUGUCUCUAACAUGUAGGAAAAAACAUCUACAUGAAUUUGAAAACUUGGGAGAAUUGAUUAUUAAGUUUCAAGUGUUGGCUGAGUUGAAGUAACUGAAUUGAAGCAUUAUAGAGUCGAGCCAAGGUUUCACCAGACAGGGAUAAGUGUCUUCUAUUCAGCUGCUGCAAUGACACUCUUUCUGUAAGCACACUUUUUCUCUCUGCCGGUAAGUUCUCCUGUCUCUUUUUUCACUUGGACACAAACAGCUGCCUGUACUUCAGCCGUCGACUCGCCUUCAGCGGCAGAAGCAGCAGCAGCAAAAAGUACUUAGUGGUCUAAAAGAGGGACCUGCGGGCUUUGUUGUAAUCCCUGUUUGGGUUAGAACAGACUCCCAAAUAAACCACUGCAACGGGACACCACUGUUUACCAGCAAUGCAUGGAUUGUGUUCAAAGUGUAGCAGUGUUGUCUCUGAAGUCAUUCAGCUGUGAUGAGCCGAAACAGACAGAAAACUAACUGUGAUGAAGUGAAGGGGGGAAUGCACGCAAACAGGCUUUGUUGUUGAUCAGACACUCAUAUGAGACAAUAUGUUUUCCUGAGUGCUGGCAUGAGACAAAACUAUUUUGUUUGUGUGUUCACCAGAUUGAACACUGAAUGGAUUUAAACAUGGAGGGAUUGUCAAAAACGGAGUGAAAAUCAAUGCAGAGUGAUAUCGUUUUCCUUUACUUCCUUUACAUCAAUGUGGCACAACCAUCAUAAUUAACAUGGUUCCAAAAGUAUGGAAGUAAUUUGAUCAAUUUCCAGGUCUUAAAAAGUAUGCUAAAUGAAAAAUGAAGUAUGGAAAAUAUUUAUGUUAACAGACGAUAUUACCACAGUUAUAAAAUACUGAUUUCUAAUAUAGAAAAGUAGGUAUUCCCAAGAAUAAUUCUAGAAAGUAGGGUGUGGAAAAGUAUGGAAAUAACAACUGUGUAUGAACCAUGAAUUAAAGAGUGUUUUUAUCACAGACAGUAGUUAAGAACAGAUUCCAUAAUGUCCAAAUAUAUUAAGCACUGGUCUAAAGCUGAAAUUCAACUUUAAAUUUUUACAGAUUUACUGCUGAAUAUGAUUUAAAAAGUGAGAGUGCUGCAUAAAAAGGUCUUCCUACUGUUUAACAGUGGUCGACCGAUAUCACUUAUACUGAUAAUGUCACGGCUGGUUGGCCAGUAGCCAAUAUUUAGAUCUCACACUGUCCCUUGUUUCCUGCAUUUGACAAAUAAACAAAAAAAAUACAAACAAAUAAGAAAAAAAACUGAAUUUGAGUGUAUUUUUAAAAAUAUUUUUAAGAGACAAUAUUUGGUCAAUAUUGCUAUGAGGGACAUGUGGAUUCUGUCCGGCCAUGUUAAAAUCUGAUGUUAAAAAUAAAGGAAAAGGACCGUCAUGUAGAAAUCGUAGACUGUACAUACUAUGGACAACUUAGUUCCGCCUCCCGUCUGUAUACGGAUUUGAAGCCAAAAAGCUCUCAGUGUUUCUGUGAUUUUUCUUCAUUUCCUGAAACCAGUGUUGCGCAGUAGGAUUGUGCGCAUUUGGCGGGAGAGUCACUGAGAGUCGCUGUGAUGACGCUCAAAUAGCGUGUCCCUCGGGUGAGCUACACAAUCUUUGUACGCCCAUAGACUGUAUCAGGUGUCAAUCAUAGAAAACAUGAACCCCCUAAUAACUUUGAAAAACUGAGCUGUACAGAAAAAAAGAGACAGAAUGUUCUGUGUAAUACAUUUCUAACGUUCGUCCACAACUGCUUAAGCUUUGCUGGCGGAGGCGGGAUUUAUGACCUAUACUGCAGCCUGCCAACAGAGGGUGCUGUUCUCGGAGUGGCUUCACCCAGCCACCCACUCAUGCUGAUUACGUCAUAAUGCCAAUAAUCAGCCUAAUUAAUUGGUCAUGCGUCUCUUAAAUCCUCCUUCCAUUAAGAGUAAAGAGAAAAUCUGAAUUAAGUUACAUGACUGCUAUCGAGGCCUUUCCAAACGCACAUCACACAUGUACACACUAGAAUUUAGACUGACGAGAAUUCAGACACCCACACCCCCUCCAUACACGCACACCCACACACUCUCACAGUGACCUUGAGGGUGUUAGCAGUGUUGACGUUUGUUUGGACGGUGCUUCAAUUCCUCAGACUGCUGCAAGGUUACAUGGCUUGACUUCAAAGUGAAGAAUUUCUUCCUGGGCGACUCUGAGAGUUUGUGUGUUUAUCUUAAAAGUCUGACUGUCUCACUGUCUGUGCGUCUGUCUGUGGCCUUAACUGCCUUUCAGCCUCUCGGACAACCAGUGUCUUAUUUGUUGGUCUCUUUGCACAACAACUUCACAACUUCUUUUCCAUCCUGGCGUCAGACAUCAAGAUUUUACAAUAAAAAUCAAUCAGCGCUCUACUGCGAGCUACAAUGGAAAGCAUCAUUUGUCGCUUUCUAAAUCGUGCUGUCAGCGUCUUCCUGUUAAUGUGGAGUGAUCACGUUUUGCCAAGUCUUUGCUGCUUUUCACUCAAACGCCGUUUAGCAAGACUUGGUAACCGCUCCAUUUCCCUCCAUUUAAACAAAUACUGUUUUGUUUAGCGGCGCUUGUUUAAUCCACAGCCAGCCCGUGUUUGUGUUUCUGUGGUUUGGCAUGUUGUCCACCUGUCUUCCAUAUCUCAUUGCGUUCAUCACCACAUUGCGAGUCUGGUCAGGAUGAAGUAAUUUGCUCUUUGGCUACAGGUCAAGUUAUUACAAAAAAUCAAACAAAGACACAAGUGAAGAUGGGAAGCAGAACAAAAAGGGUUAUGUGAAGUGAGGUCAGUGUGUGCAGCAUACACUCUGAAGCAUUUGAUGACAACGAGGAUGCAGCGGGAAUACUAAUCAAGUUUGUGUUUUUCCGAGGUAGAAUACUAAACAUUUUCUGUCUUUGUGAUCUACAUUUAACUGGGCGAUUGACUUGUCACACCACGCUGUGUCUCACCGCGGAGUGAUUCAUGUGCACGUUUAGCUGUGAGCUUUUCCCCCCGGGGUUGUGUUUUGUUUUGAUGUCCUCCUCUGCAGCCAGAUGAAUAGCCACAUGCAGAGCUCGAAGGGGGGGGGGUGGGGGAACCUUUGGACAUGUUAAAGGACACCUGUGGGGCUUUGGGGGGCCUCCGCAUGAUGGACAGGGUUCCGCUUCAGGUGGCAGUAAUUUCUCAGAGCCAUGGGGAGGGGAAGAGGGGUCGGAUUUUGUCUGUGUGUGUGCGUGUGGGUGUGUGGAUACUCAAAGUGUGCAUCUGUUAACACAAGUGAGAAGUUUGUAACUCUAAAAUGUUGCUUUUUUAUCUUCACUGUCUCUUCAAAACUAAUUUUUUUGUGCACAUUUAUUUGCACAUUUACACAAAUACCCUGUAAGUACACAAUGAUUCUGUGUGUGUAUGAGUGUGCACUACACACGGGCUUAUCUCUUGAACGGUAAUUGCCUCUAAUACUAGCAGGAACAGCACACAGAUCGUGACGGAGUCUCAUCCACAACUAAUGAUAAUGUAAAUACGAUAACCAUCUGACGACAUGAUUGUGUGUGCGUUAGUGUGUGUGUGUGUUGGUGUGUGUGUGUGUCCCGCCUAAUAUACUUUUAUCUCUAUCAUAUGGAGAUCAGCUGUUAGACAAAUGUGGCAUUGUUGAAGGCUGAGGUCGGGCUGAAUGAGUUUGUGUGUUUGUGUAUGUGUUGCUGUGCUUUCCUAGUUCAGAGGCUCAUCUGUUCUCCGCACCUGAUACUGAGCCGGACCAACGUACCUGGAGAGCUGGAGGCAUUUUAGAUUAGAAGACGGGGGCUUGUUAUUAAAUGUCACAGGCCGAUCUUCUAGAAUAACCAAUAAUGUUCUCAAGAUACCUCAACCUCUGUACACACACAAACACCCACACACAUACACACAGAGAGACACACAAAAGCUGCUCAUCUUUGCAUGAUUAAACAAAGGGCGGAUGAGAAGAACAUGAGUAAACUCGAGUUAAUUUACUACAUUUUUAUACUGAGCUAUAACUUUUAUAUAAAGAGGAUAAAUCUGUUUACACACACGGGGGGAUUCAUCACUGCUACUUUAUACUGGUUGCCAAGAGUCUUGAAAUAGCAGUCAACUCAUUAUAAGUUGUUAUGUGUGAAAGACAAAAAAAGAAUCCUAGAAAGCAAUAAAAACUGGAUAUUUAAUGCAAACAGAGGUUGUGCAAGAGCAAAUCUGCUAUGCUUCACAAGCUAAGGUUAAAACACCCACUUUAGACUGCUUUCACUCGCAGUCAGUACGCUAACAUGCAUGUAAACACGUUAGUCCGACUGAUAUUGUACUGAAAUCAAACUUCUCACAGUUUGACUAACCUACCUCGAUAAUGCAGUUGGAGAUCGAUCAAACUGAAACAAGUGUUCUGCACAUGCUCCAGUGUUUCCAUGGUUGAACAGCAUGGAUGUAUUGUGAGGAAUCAGGUAGUAAACAAAACCUCGUCAGAUAAGGAAAGGAUGUAAAACAACAAGUGACUUUUGUUAGCCUCUAACUAAUGUGUUUUCCGGCUUAUUUGAUAAGCGCAUCAACCCAUAGCUUAGGAGGUAGCGUGGUCGUCCAAUAACCAGAAGGUUGGUGGUUCGAUUCCCCCCUAUCCUGAGUCUGUCCUUUGUGUCCAUGGGCAAGACACUUAACCCACCUUGCUAACCGACAGCCAUGUUUCUGUCAGUCUACCCCAGGGUAGAUGUGAUUACCACCACCGAGGUGUGACUGUGUGAGCGAAAGAAUGAUGUAUCCGAUGUAGGGCUGUUUAAGGGUCUUGGAUAAAGUGUUAUACGAAAUCUGAUGCAUUAUUAUUAUUAUUAUUAACCAGGAGACGACCUUAUAGUAGCAAGCUAAAAGAGGGAUUUGCGCCCUACCAUCACAAAAGCGGACAUGCCCCUAUCAAUAGCUUGAUUCUUGCACGGUGCAUGUAAACUGGAGCAAGAAAAGAAGUCAAUUUCAAUCGCUUAAUCACCUUAUCACCGUAGCUCGACUUAAUCGUGCAUUAAACAUGCUAAAUGUUAAAAGAUGAACCCAUAGCAGCUCUGUUAAAGAUAUCCCAACCAGAAGCUGAAAAGUCAAAUUUUCUGCUUGUCUUCUUCCUUCACUCUGCACUUUGUUGAUUCAGUAUGACUCAGAAAGUGUGUUUGUGCAGACGGCCUCACAGAUGAGUCUUUUAUAAACAGAUUUGCAUCUCAACUGUUAGUGAAAGCUGCUCCAUCUGUAAUGACCUCCCAGGAAGGCCUGGUACCACAAGCUGUAAGUCACGUCAUAACAGCAGCUUAAGCAACAGCUAAGUAUGCUAACAAAGAGCUAAGUAGGCGCUAACCUCUAGCGUUAGACGUUCAUUUUAAAGGCGUCAUUUGUGACUCAUUUUGUGGGUAGGGGCUGAAAAGUGAUCGCAGUGCAAACAUUAUGGUGGUAUAUCUGUGCAGACGCUCCAGUUCACACACACAUAUAUACAUAUAGUGCAUACACGCACACGUCAGGGGUCUUUUUGUGCUCUUCAGGGUGUAAUGACUAGAUUGAGUUACAACGAAGACUUGAGCUGUUGUUGACACUUUAACAAAUUUAAUUGCAUGUUCCCUUCUCCUACUCUUGACCUUAUUUACCUCGAACCUCUCCUUUUCAGGACUUUUUAAGAACCCAAAAUGACAUCCAAACAAAGAAAAAAACCUGAUGUUACCAACAUGAUACCGUCCCAACAGUAACUUUGAAAACUGUUACAGCAACUCAGCUGUAGAAAUGUAUAAAAGCCCGACAAGAUCAUGAGAUGAGAUGAAAUGAGAUAAUGAGAUGCACAUGGUCAGAGACGGCUGACAAUCAAAAUAUUUUAGUAGUAACAUGACUCCACUGAAACCUCUUAGAGAGCAUAAAUGCCAUAAUAUCUAUCAAUGUGCUGCAGCAGUAUAGAAAGAGAGCAGCGAGAGCGAGAGACUAAAAUUUAUGGUUUCUAAUUUUUUCUUGAUUGCAACACAUUUCCUGUUUUUUUUAAUUGUUUUUCAGCGUAUUAUUGGCCGAUGGCUAAAAACAUGUUGUGCUAAUUAAGAGCAGCAAAGAACAAACAGUAUUUUUUCAUGAGCACAUGACUUAAAAAGCCAUUUGUGAAGCAGACCUGCGAUUGAAGUUUAGCUCAGAUGUCUCUCUGUCGUCACAUUCCUUGUGAAGCAUUUGUCUUUAACCCUUUUAGUCCUGAAAAAUAUUAUUAAUCUUCGUGAUAUUUUGUUUUUUGUUUUCCUCUUUUGAGUGUAGGAUAGAAAAAUAUCAAAGUACUACAAGUGGUAUGUAACUAGUUUACUUCUACAUCACAUACGUCCUCACACUGCAAGAGAGGAUAAAGAGGAUCAGUUUCAAGCUACUACGCACAACAAAUGGGCACACACACACGUGUAUUGGCAUGUUUGUACGUGUCAGAGCCGUUAGCUUGAAGUGCAAAGGUCACCCUGUGGGGUCAGAGUGUCAGUCUAAGGUUUCAGCCAUAGAAGAGGUCCUCUGUUACACACUGAAUGGACACUGUGAAUAGUAACGUCAGAGGGAGAGAGAGGGAUAUGUUGAGAGUCAGGAAAGACGGAGAAACAGAAGAAGAGAACUGUGAAAAAAGUUGGUAUGGAUGACGGGUUUGGGGGCUGGGAGGGAGAGGAAAUGAGCAUUAGUGUUUUCAAAUAGCAGGCUGAUAGAGAUCUUAAUGAUGUGUUAGGGUACUCCAGCGUGUACAUGGGAUUUCAUGUGUGUGUUUUCGUGUUAAUGUGUUCUGUGUAACACAUGAGCGUUGCAUGUUAGCCUAUGUGAGUGUGCGGUGUCUGUAAGCGUACGCAUGAAUGAAUGUAUGUUUUGUGUAUUUGGUAUGUGUGUUUCUGCACAUAAAGGGUUCACGGUGGUCAUACGAGAACCUGCAGUGAACUUAAGGAUCCCGGCAUAGAGGAUGCUCUAUAUUUGGGAGCUGAACCGAGGCCACUGACCCUAACACUGACCCCACACCUGCCCUGUAUGUGAAUGUGUGUGUCUGCGGGCAUGGUAAAGGUUUGAUAAAAUGGGAGCGGAUGAAUGUGUGUGUUCCUUGUGGAGCUGUUUCUGCUUUUCUGUCUUUUCUAGGAUGCACCAUGAUCACGUUAUGCUUCUGGAGUCCAAGGCUGCUAAUUCAAGAUCUAAAUAAAAUAAAAAGCAAUAAAUCUUUAACUUGCAGGUGCUUAUUUCCUCUCUCUUCUUUCUGAGGUCCUUUAGCUCCAUAAUGCUGCUAAUGGCUUUUCAAUAUUGCAAUUGUUUGACAUGAGUGGCGUGUGGUUUCCUUCUCUGUGCCUUUUGUGCGUUCGUGCGUCUGCAUGAGCGAUCGCUGUCAGCAAAUGCGUGACCAGUCUCUCAGUUCUAGUUCCGCAUUUAGGUCUCAGGGAUCAGGGGUCACAGGGGUGGAGAGGUGGUAUGAAUGAUGGCCUGUUAUCAGGUGGCAAACAAAAGAAUGUGUGUGUGUUUGAGGAAUCUUAAAACUUACAAAUGGAAAACACAGAUUGUCUGAAUUACAGAAAGAGUCAUUGAGAUUGUGAUGGACUGAAACAUGCAGGUGAAAUGCUCUGCUUGACUUUGGUGACUUGCUAUACUGCCCCACCCAGUAUGGAUGGAGUAUGGGUAGUGAUAUGGGUACACAACCUGGACUUGACUUAAAGUUGAUGCAGUGGCGCCAGUCAGUGCUAUUUAAUCAGUGGUGCCAGUCAGUAAGUUUACAUGACACUCCGGACAACUGAAGAGCAUGUAAAUACCUUAGUCUGACUAUAAUCAGAGUUUGAGAACUCCGAAUUAAGACACCCUGACAAUGCGAUUGGAAUUCGAUUUCCUCUAUCAUGUAACCAGUGUAGUUGGAGAAUGAUUGGGCAAUGCAUGUACACGUGCGCCACGUCCUCCUAACCCCGGAACAAAAACACCAGAGAAGAGAAGUAGCAUGCACCUUAUCUGCAGAAAAAGCAGUUGUAGCCACCUCUGACGUCUGGCAUGGACCUGCUGUGCGCCGUGGAAAAAACCCAUAUCACCCCUGAGGACAUGUCCCCAUCAAUAGUUCGAUUUUCUCAGCUGCAUGUAUACAUGGACAAGGAGAGAGGUCCAAUUCGGUGAAAAAAACAAAAUAUGAGCUUAGCCCGAUUAAGCUGUGCAUGUAAACGCACUGAGUGCUAGAGGGUCUUUGCUUGCAAACCACGGGUAAGAAUCAAAUUUAUUGUCAAAAGCAUGUUCAUGUCUGUUUUGGUAAGUGCCGACAAGCCCCCUUUCAGCUUGUUGUUAAUACUGAGCUUUCUCCUGGUCGACGAACCAAAACAAUCGACAAACUCCUUGGUAAGUGGCUAACGAGAUAAAGUUCGACCAAUGACAAAAACAUGAUUUUUACAGAAAGUUAAAACUUAAUUGUUAGCCAGAUGUUCAGGUUUCCAACUGAAAUAACUUUUUUCAGUCUAUUUGUAUUAGGCUUGUGUGCCCAUUGUUGCACUUUCACUUGUAUUAUGAGGCUUGGAUGUUUCAAAACACGAUAUCUACACUCACCCUUUAAUCUGAAAACAAGAAUACUGAAAUUGUACAAAUUAACUCACUGAUACAAACUUCUUUUAGCUGAAUAGGGGUCCAUCAGGGUUUCUGGGUUUGUCUUUCUGCUGCUUUGUCUUCACUUUUGAGACUAUAAUUCAUUGUUUUUCAUUUAUCUUGCAGCUCUUUUUCUCUCUUAUUCAUCUCUCUCUUCUCCUAAACCCCCUACCCCCUUCCUGUCAUCCAUUUUUCCUCCCUCAUUUCAUGACUCCCCCUUUCUUUUCCCUGCUAAUUGCCACCUCGUUGUAGCAUCCCGGGAGCCGGGAGCUCAUUAAUUGCUGAAGAGGAGACAGGUGGCGCCACUAUGUUGUGAUGCUUCUUGUUAGCAGUGUGUGUCAGUUUAUUGUAUUCACGAACUGUUUGGAUGUGCACAUAUUUUAUUCUGGUGUGUGUGCGUGUGUGCGUUUAUGUCCUUACAUGCUUGUUUUGUGUAUGUGUGUGCAUGUGUGUAUGAUUCCUAUAUGAAUGUGACUGUGUGUGUCUGUGUCCGAGUGUGUGUGUGGUGCCCCUGCUUGUUAGCAGCAGAGCCCCUUCUCACUGUAAUCUCUUUGUUUAUGCAGUGCGAAAAGGGCCUGGCGGGGGCAUGAACUCCCCACGCUCUUAUCCCACUGCGCCACUCACCCCUAGCAGACCCUCAUGCCCCCCCGCCACCCUUCCGACACCCCGCUUUGCUCCCAUCACCUCCCCCUAUCUGACUCAACUCCUGCCCAACUCUGUCCUCCCUCCCAGCGUCCUGUUGUCCCUCCUUCCUGUCUGGUUUUGUUAACAUCAGAAACUUGUGCUGUACAUUCAGUGAGAGGUCAGCAGAGAUGCAAAAAGCUGUCCUGUUUGACACCAUGUAUCAGUGUUGGACAAGGUUCAAGAGAGCCUUUACCUUUUAGCUCAUAAUGCAUGAAAGAAGAAACCAUCAGCAGUUAAAAUAGUGUUAGUUUACUCAUUAGUUUCUCUAGUUAUACCAACUUUAGCAACGACCGCACGAUAGCAACACACAGCGGUCUGAGGAGCCAUAAACAAACCUCAACCAAAAAGCCACUCUAUAGUCACAAAUAAUGCUCACACCAGCACCUAACUUCAUCAACAGUACAUAUAAGGUCCUAGCCGUAGUACUAGCCACCAAACAUCUUAUUAGUUUUGACUGAUUUCAUUAGCAAAGAGACUAAACACAACUCACCUACUCUCUUCCAGCAGCUGCUUGUUUGUAAGGAGACCUUGGAUGAGUCCAUCACAAAUAAUCAUUAAUAUGGUGAUUAUUACUUCGAGGAAAUGAUAAAGUAAUGAUGAUAAAUGUUCUUCCUUGAGCUGCGUCACCCCACUGUUGUCAGUUUGGACUUGCCCGAGGUCUCCUUACAAACAAGCGGCUGCUGGAAGAGAGUGGGUGAGUUGUGUUUAGUCUCUUUGCUCAAGACGUCAGGCAAUCAGGAAAUUGGUUAAGGUUUGUGCUUGACUCCUUAGACCGCUGUGUAUUGCUAUCGUGCAACUCGUUACUUAAGUUUGUAUAACUAGAGAAGCAAGCAGUCAGCAACAUUUAUCUCUCGAGGGGGUGUCUAACUUGGUGUUACGGUGUGUUUGACCCUAAAUUAAGUUUACGCCGGAAUAUCCCUUUAACAUUCAGUAUGUUUACAUGCACUUAAAGUCGACAGUAGUCUAGGUAAAUUGCCCAAUCGAGCUAUCACUGCAGCACGACUUAUCCUUGCACGUUAACGUACUGUAUGGAUAACAUUAGCAGAGCUAGCACCACCGCUUUGAGAUCCCUUUUGCCUCUUCUGGUUAUGUGUGCACAUAUGGAGUGGUUAUGUUCCUGUUUAACCUGUCACAGCCUGCAAAGACACAGCCAAAUUGUGGUGCUGCAUGAGAUACCAUCUGUCAUCCAUGUUUGUUCUUUCUCUUAUUCAUUACAUCAAUGUAGAAACAAUCCAAACUUGUGUUACAUUUCUUUCACUUUCUCUUUCUUUACUCUCCUCUCUGUUUCUUCUUCACCCUGGAGUGCCCGUUUUAAUCAAAUCACAUACAUCUUCCCUCCCUUUAUCCCGGCCCUUUCCCCUAACCUCUCUCACAUAGCUCUCCUUUGAAGGGUUCAGUAAAAACCCUGAUUUUAUCCUUGGCAGUAUGUAUCUGAUUGUUUAGUAAAGUCUAUGAAGAGAGCACUUACAAAGCACCAGUGUUUUUCCUAACAGAUGGUAUUAUCCGGCGGUCAAACUGUGGCCUUUUGGCAGGUUUAGAGAAGCUGGUGUCGUGGGCGAUGAUGUGUGAAUUAGUUAGUGUGUGAGUGCGUGUUACAGAGUCUGGCUCAGUGUUCAGGUCUUUGUAUCCGUGUGUGUCCAUGUGUUCAUGCAGGUGUGGGGGUCACUGGCGGUUUGUAGGUCAGCCCCCUGCCCCCAGUGUCACCUUGCUCUGUUUGGCCCUAAACAGCCACCAUAACAGGGCCUCCUCUCUCCUUUUUUCUUUCCAUUACUCUCUUAUUUAAACCCCUUUUCUCUUCAACUCUCUUCUCCUUCUUUAUAUUUUCUUCUUUAUGCAGCUUUUCUUUUCUCUUCUCUUUAUGAGUCCUAUAUAUUUGAUGCAAUCAGUUUCGUUCAUUAUAUUUUCCAUAAUACGCCUGUGUGUAUUUUUAGGUAAUUAGUAGGUGCUUUAGUUCUGUCUUUUCUCUUUAAAGCUACGAAAAAUUCAAGUGAUGCUCAGAGUAAUUCUCCAAACACACAACACUUAGCACGCAUGUGUAGGAAUUACAAAUCAGCUGAAUGAAGCUUUGUGCUGGCAGGUGUGAGAAGGAUAAAGCAGUGGUGAAUAGAGCCUGAAAGGUUUUAUUGGGCUCUGCUAUUCCUGGCUGUAGGAACAGUUGUCAUUGGCCAUGGGAACAUGUGUAGCUCUUUUAUUAGCAUAAGUUCCCACUUUAGAUGUUCCUCUCCACUUCUUAUACAGGAAUAAAAUAUGAGAAAGUUUUUAAUGGUAAUCAUGUCCUGCGGCCUCAUGCAUCGGUGAUACAACAAUAACAACAGAUGUGUUUUUAAUAAGCUUACAUGCCGUUUUGUUUCCAUCUGAUCAAACAGAUUCUCCUCUAUUUAGUGUGAGGAUACAGACAAAUAUUGUUGCAGUUAUAGCUCAGAAACAGCGCUGGACUUGUGCAAUAGUUUUACCUCAUGACAGGCAUGUGCCUCUGCCGCAUCUGAUUUGAACUCCUGUUGAACCUUUUGAUUUGUUCACUUCAGAAGUCUUAAGAUGUCUUAUCAGCUGCCUCCUAUUGUUUCAUGGCAAUCUGAGGAGUGUUGUGUUGUGUUGUCCUAUUUCAAACAACGAAUCCCCCAUUUUUAGGGGUAUGAGCUAUCUGAAUUAUGCUGGUAUCCUAGAUUUUUCCUCCUAAAAAUACAACUCAUUGUGUCCUGCGAAUCCCUAAAAGAAAUUGAAAGAGAGAGUGGAGGAUGAUCUGUCAGCCAUGAAACUAGAAGAUUUUCCUCCUUUUGUUGUCUUCUUUCAAGCGCUUGCCAUCAUUUCUACUAUGUUCAGUAUUGAAAGUGCUCCUCACAUGGCUGUGAUAAAUAACUGCUUCUGUUCUGUCACUAUGGCAACAGUCUGUUAUUUCUGAUAGCAGACCAUUGUUAAGAAGAACACUGUCAAUAAGGAUGCAGCUCAAGAUGCAAGUAAGUAAUCUUUAAAAUUAAGGACGGCCUGUAAAGUAAACUCUUCUCAUCAACAAAGGGGUAGAUACCGCACAGUAAGAAGACAAAUAAAAACGUCUCAGAGUCUUAACAGUAAUGAUACAGGAAAACUCAAUCAGCCGCUGAUUCAUUUGGUCCUGUUCUGUUUUUACCAUCACUGUAGAUGGACAGUUUAAUGUGAGUAAUAACAGCCAGGUGAGAUGAUUUUUAAGUGUUAAAAAAUGGUCUACAAUCUAGGGAGGUCCUGAUCCGAUAUUGAUAUCAAAUAUCGGUCUGAUAUCAGCAAAAAAACAAACCUCUGAUUAUAUCGGCCUGCAUCUAAUAUCUCUGAUAUCAGCACUCUGAUACAAGCAGUCCAAUCCAGACUCCACUCCAGCAUGUCGAUCCAGCAUGCAGAGCCCAGGUGAUCACAACAGCAGUGUGUACUAAGGUACUAGCAAAGUAGCAAGCAGUAGGAGUGACGUCGGCCAUGCAGCAGUAUUUUUUUCGUUACAAAGAUGUUGCAGUUGAGUGCGAAACUUGUCAGGCACAAGUUAGUGCCGAUAUUGGAUCAAUAUCGUUUUCGGACAUUACUUAAGGCUACAAUAUCGCUAUCAAAAUGGAAGAAAAAAAAGUUGUAUUAGGAUAUCCUUACUAAAAACUGUUUGUAAUUCAAUGUUAAGAUAUCAGGAAGUCACAGAGUCCUUUAAACCCCCUGCAGAGCACUUUCUGUCUAUGUUGAAUUUGGCGCCCCCUGUGGACAAAGUGAUAACCCUUCCAUUGUUGCUGAUUUUGUCAAAUCCUUGUGAAAGUGGUGUGAAGCUGUUUCUUUUGUGUACCUACCCUUACAUUACGGAUUACCAAAUGCUGCUAAAAAUGACAGUAUUGAACUUGUCAGUCUUUCCUUUCGACAACAAAGAGAAUCAUCAAUGUUGGUUUCAGUGUGUUUGAUAAACUAUCACAAACUCCUCACAGGAGCUCUAAACAGAAAAAUACCAGAUAAACACCAUCCCCACUGUGUUACAGGAACCUCCAACCAGAGCCGCCUCUGUUUUUUUGUGUGUCUCUGUGCAACAGAUGGAAACACAAGCGGGGGUGUUUAAAAAUUGCGUGGAUCCAGAUCGUGAUCCUCCGUUAUCCUCUUGGCUCUUUCAGAUUUAUGAAUCAGGAAAGUGAGCAGGCAGCGAUCCCACGGAGCAGGUGGGACAGCUCUGCUCUCUGUUUUAGCUCCCACUCAAGAAGAAGCUGCCACACGACUUCUCCAUCCCCUGCAGACUGUCUCUCUCUCUCUUCACUGAAAGGACAUUUUCACCCUUUUGGAGGAUUACUUACUCCUUUAACAACCCCGGCCUCCUUUCUUCACAGGGGGCCAAAUUACUGGAGCUCCUCUCAGACAGUCGUUUUCCUCAUUACAGUCCAAUCAAUCAGCAGCAAAUGUCUUGUACUUGCUGUCUUUUAUUUGAUACAAGCCAAGUCAUGAUGUAUUUAUGACACUACAAACCCUCAAUGUAAACCUGAGCCUUCUGUGUUUGGCUUUACUCCACAUCUGUGUGCCACCGGGCAAAGUAAGAGGAUAGCAGCACCAUUGAAAUCCUAUAGAAAACGCUGCAUCUGCCAGAUGGCUGGAGGAAACUCAGUCAUCCAUUUGAAAUGUACAAUUAAGCAAUUAGGAAUAAUUGGUAUAUUUAUGAUAUCAUGAUUACAGAGGGAGCUUCUGAUACUUGUUCUCAGUUUUUGUUGUACCUCGCCCAAACCACACCUAUCCAUGUCGAUGAUUUUAUAGCAGCUGUAAAGUGAUACAGUGAGUGGUUUCACAAUGACAAUAACAAGCUGUAAAAGCCAUUCCCAGUCUGUCAUUAGGUCUUCAUUAAAUUUAAAUGGUUUGACACCUACCUCAGGGCGUGUGUGUGUGUAUUUAUGUGCAAGUGUGUGUGGUGGAGAUACUAGUCCAGAACUGAGUCUUUGAACGGAUGAGUUUUAAAGGCUACAACAUCAGGUUAUUGGGGGUCAGGAAACUUUUCUCAAACUAUUUUUACCCUUUAUGAAAAUGUGCUUGGACAAUGAUUUGUCAAGUGUUCCUGACGCCAUGUAGAAAACAAAAGCUUCCUCUAAAGUUUUGAUUAAAAAGUUUGUCAUGAUGGAACCCUGUAAUGUCCCAGCAAAGUGUAAAUAAGGCUUUUAUUGGUAACACUUUACAAUAACAAUAAGUUAUAUAGGGUAAAUGGAUAGUUAAUUAAUGUUUAAUCAUCAUUUAAAAACAGCAUAUAGACCAAUUAUAAAUGGCAUCAUUUAUAAUUGGUCUAUUUACCGUUUAUAAGUUAUGGUUAUUGUGAAGUGUUACUCUUUUAUUCACCGUUUCAGCCUUUUUUUAAUUGAAGUUCCUCUCGUCUGUGAAAAGGAGUCUCUCGCAGUAGUAAGGAGGGGUUUUCUCCAAAGGUGAAAGGUCAAUGAAGAACAAAUCAGUGCUGGGGUCAGAGGUGGCGCUGACAGACGUCUCUUCUUUUGCCGCUUCAUCAUUCUGCUUCCUCUGACCGUGUGUUAUCCCUACUUCUUCUAAUUUGUCUUGUUAAAUAAUCAGGGCCUUUUUACAGAAGUAUUUCUGCGUUUUUGGUUGAACUUCAAGACUUUGUGCUGAAGUGUGGACAGACGGUUCAAAACUAUCCACAAAGAGUUUUCCAUAAAGUCUUAUUUUUCUCAACUGCUUCAUUUUAACAUCCCUCCAGUUUUUCAUGCACUCCUCCUUGUCUCCUCCGCAAAGUGUUUCCAAGCUGAUUUUUCUGAACUAUUAAACAAAAACAGACCCUUCUUUUAGCCUGUCUGUGGCUUGGUUUGGACCGGCACAGUCUCACUUCUUGAGAGGGAGUAGUUUGUAGUAAAAAUGGGCUGUAGUAGACAAAAAAAAGAGAGCUAUACUCAUCUAAACCCAUGCCUGUGUUUUCUCCCGCCCACUCCGUGUGUCUCUCUCCCCACCGAGCAUUCAGGCAGAAAGGAUUGCUAUGUAAAUGCACCAGUGAAUAGGAGUGAAUGGACAGACUCAAAGCAGAUUAUGUUAAACUGCUUGUUAGUUUAAAGACACGCUGGAGUGAAUGGAUGGGGAUUAGCAGAUCUGGUGCUGUGCCACAGAGGUGUUUCUCUAAAAUGUACUUAAUCCCCCGUCUGUUAGUCAGUUCACACAUCAAAUAAAGGGAUAAAUGCUUCUAAAAGUGAACCGGGAAAAGAUAAGGUGGUCUUUAAAUCCUGCGGUACUGAUAGAAAUCCCUUUAUGGAGCAGAUGUAUUUGAAUAACAAAUAUGUCUAAAUGUGAAGCUUUAAGUAUGCCGCAGUCAUUUACAUGUAUAUAGAAAUGUGAGUCCAUGGAACCACAAAGUGUGCUUGUUACUUGCUCAGUCUUGUUUUCUAGACUUUUGAACCGGAGGCAAAAAAAAAAAAAAUCAUUUAGGUAUUUUUGCACAUUUCUAAGCUUUCUUAGUUUCUUAGCUCUCGUAUUUCUUUUCUUACAAACCUGUCUAAUCAAAUAAAGUUUGAGUCCGUCAAAGGUUUGUUGGAUACUAUCAAAGGGGAGUGUUAACGGUGAGGUGAAUUACUUUAAAGCUCCUAUGAGGAAUUUUCAGAUGGUGUCCAUGUUGGCACCUCCUGUGGACAAAUUAGUCAGUAUUUUUACAUGCACUUAAAAAAUAUAGUAAUCGCAAAAGUCUGACUGAAACUGGACUUUUAAAAAGCAUGUAAACACGUCAGUCUGAGUGAAAAAGCACUGAAAUCAAACUUCUUAUAGUCGGACCAGUCUCUUGCUAACAGGUUUUGUCGGCUAUUUUGACACAAAACACAUGAACUGGAAAACAACCUGAUAGUAACAAGCUGAAAGGGGGAUUUGGCAACUACCUUACCCCAUAUGCACAUGGCAUGGGACUGUUGCAUGUACAUAUGGCAGUACUAGUGUUUUAUAUAUCAAGUAGCCCGAGUGUAGAUGUUGUUCUUUGCUGUUCCUUUAUCAUUUUACUAAAACCAGGUACAUACAUUAUCUAAAGUUUAACCUAUCCCAUUGUCAAACUGACUCAAGUGAUAUCACAUGAGGUAACUACUCAGACGUAAUCCAGGAAUCACCCUUUUGCAGUUGGAUUUUUUUGUAUUCUCAGGUAGAAAAAUCUGACUUUGCGACUUCACAUAAGAUUCUCUCAUCCCCUUCCUCCAUUAAUUGAUCUUUAACCCUUUCUGUUCAUCACAUUGUUGUAGCCCCACAUGCCUUUUCCUUUCUAAUCUUACUCAGUUGUCUCCUAAAGGUCACCGUCUCCCAUUUAUUAAUUCACAUCUUUAGAAAUCUUCCCUUUAAACCUCCCGAGAAAACCAUCCGUCUUCCCUGAUCUCUCCUUUUGUUUUUCCUGUCAGGAGCUUUUUUCUUCAAUCUUCUUUCUCUUUCAGUUUGAUGCUCAUCCUUCGGUCCUGACAGUCUCAGCUAUUUAUCACAGGCCCAGCAUGAGGGUGACACACUGGAUGAAUAGCCUGUGUGUGUGUAUGUGUGUGCGUGGUUUGCUGUAUUCACACAUGCACUAAACUAACAUUUCCUGCAGGUUUUUAAAGUGGGCUGCAUUUGUGAGCACAAAAGGCCGAAAUUUGACUUCACCUGGACUUUUGCUUGCCAGCCACCUGGAUAAUUUCUGCAAGAGGUCAAUAUGAGUGGAUGUUUUUCAAGAAACAAGAGAUAUUAUGCAGUCAGUAAGCAACCAGUGCUGUCUUUGUGCAUUUGAUGGAGCUCCUUUUUAUUUGUAUCGACGGCAAGUUGCAUCGACUUUGCAUGAUACGUCAUCCUAAAUGUCUUGUAAACAUAACUUAAACAUAGACUUCAUUUUGUUUCGGACAUUCCUUAGUAGUAAUAAAAGCUUUGCAAAGUUUCAGGGGCAGCCUGGUCUGAAACUUUCUGUGAUUUUUUCAGGAAUGCAUAUGUGAAUGCAAAUCACCGUGGACAGUGUCAUUACUCACUCACUCACACACACAAAUGCACACAACAAGUGGGGAACCAGGGGCAAAUGCUGUCACAGUUUUUAAAAGGCCUCCCGUGGUUAGACAUGCUUGAAAUGGCAUUCUGGUUCACUGGAGGAGGGGAGGGGGGGCAGGAAGAGCAGAGGAGGGGGGCAAGAGUGGGGGGCUGAGAUUGUGGAGUAUGAAGAAAUUUUAACAGAUUUUAACAGCUGUGUGUAUCUGAGAGAUGACAUACAGCUGAAAUCACAGAAAGAUGAAUUGUAGAAAAGAUACAUUCCCUUGAAUGAAAUGUAAAGAUAUUUUAUUCAGUGUCCUGCAGUCAGGUCCUGAACUGAAGCGGUCUUUGCUCACCCUUUUCUAUCAGUGAAGCAGAAAGAGGCGUCGCCCUUUGACGACAAGAAGCUCCUGCGAUGCAUGACGAGUAAAAGCCUUUUAUUUAGUCGGUUUCUUUUACCACCUUCUUCUUCUUCUUCCUCUGUCUCCAAAUUGACGCAUUUUGAGGGGCCACAGGCUCGAUGAAUAAACAUGUAUAACACCAGUUUAUCUGUUCAAUGCAGGACCAGAGCAGUGAAGAAUAAAUAAACUAUCUAUUUGACAUUUAUAAUUGGUCUAUAUGCUUUUUAUAAAUGAUGAUUAAACAUUUAUGAACUAUCUGCUUACUGUUUAUAAAUGGCCUAUUUACCAUUUAAAAAUUAUGGUUAUCGUAAAGUGUCACCAAAUGUUAUGUUACAUUUUAAUACUGCAGUUUUAUCUCCCCACAGAUGGCAACAAGCAACACAAAGUGGCUGUUCUGAGCGUCGAAAUACCCAAUCAUCACAAAAUCACCAACAAAGACGCUUUAUUAUGUGAAAACUUUCUACUAUUCUAACUCACUCAGAUUAUUUGGCUGAAAAACUAUCAGGAUAUUCUUUGAAAUCUUCUAAUGGUGGUGAUUUCAUCGAAAUUUCAUAAUGACACGACUGUCAGAAAACUGUGUGCUGAGGUUGGUGUGGGAAUGGGGCUUCAGAGAGAGGAGGGCAUGUGGGGAGACACAAGAAGAAUAGGGCAGUACUGUUUAUUUAUGAAGUGAUUUUUCCUCUCAUCGAGGAGCGAGGGAGCCAGGCCGCCUAUUGUUUGUCACUAAUGAACAACAUGAACGAGUGUGAGAAAGAAAAGAAGUGAGAAGAACAGCGGCGGCAACAAACGACACAGAUUAACAUGAAAACAAAAAGUGUUUGCCCCAUCUAUUUAACCCCAAAACUGAGAAAUCAGCAUUUUGUGUCGAGGGGACCAGAAGAGCUGCUCAUUUAGGGCUGUUUCAGGUUUGUAAUGGUUUUGCUAAAAGCAGUGUUGUCAGCACACACACACACACACACACACACACACACAGAGGAGUUUGUCUACAGUAAAUGCCUUACAGGCAACAGGAUAGCUCUGAAAAGGAAAUGGUCUAUUAGAGCGUCUCAACCCAUUUAUUUAUUAGUAUAAAAGCUCCAGGCCAGGGUGAUGUCAUCUCUAACAGCCUCUUUUAAGUGUCUCAGCCAGCUCACCUGAAUGGUUAACAGCACACCACUGAGACGAGGGCUGUUUUUGUCCAAGCUUUUCAAGUUUUCACGUGCCGGAUGUUGAAUUCUUUCUUAAAAUGAUGCAAUUUAGACAAAAAUAAAGAUCGUCAUUAGUGAAGAGGGAACAUGUUUCCUGGUUUUCCAAUUAGAGACUGUUGAGAGACCAAUUUUUGCGGAUUAAAAAAUCUUUUCCAAGGUCGUUUUUGGGAGCUUUGCCCUCAAACUUUCCAACAUGUCCCUCACGUGUCACAUGGUUUCGGUGCUUGCUGUACAAAAAGUCUCAGGAGGCAGGACAUGACAUCAAACGCACCCUGCAGCAGCCACUGUGUAAUGUGGACAACGUGACAGUGGACAAAGUGACAGAAGCCUGUGCUCUGAUGAUAGAUGUAAAAUUAUAUUCAGUGUUUCAAGGUCUGCAUGGCUCACAUAAUAAAAAAGUUUUCAUCCUCGCCCACAUUCAGUGAAGUAAAGGUUAAAAAUAAGGCUGUUGGCAGUCACACAAGCUGCCCACCCUGAAAAAUGUCAGAAGUUUUCAGGUUUCUGCACGUGUGUGAAUACAGAUUUUUAGGAACACUCUACCUCAUAAUGACUUUGCUGCUGUUUUAAGAACAUAUUCAAUGUAGUUCAUACAGCUGUGGCAAAUUUGUGGCGCUUUUAUCAUACAAGUACGAUGCCGCUCAUUCAAAUGGUGGAUGUUUUUGCAAUAUUUAAGCACAAAUGUCGCCUUAUUCUCAAAUUUUCUGAUAUUUUAUUCUUUGUUUGACUUUUUUCCAGUAUGUUUUCAUUCAAUACCACUUCAUCAUUUCCAAUUCAGCGGUCAUAAUUGUACCAUAGCACUAAAAACACCACCCUAUACUCUAUUUAUUGCUCUAAUCAGCGCUUCGUUCCACUUCUCCGCCCUCAGAGAGUUUCUGCAGAAAAUGAAAAAGUGGAAACAGUUUUCUGUAAGCUGUUUAAGGCUCUGAAUCCCACAGAUCCUGCUGCUUGUUUUCAAUAUCCUCCUCACCCUCCUCCUAUUAUUCUACUAAACCCCAUCUUGCUCCUGUCUGCUCCCUGCCCCCGUUUUCUUCCACCCAUGUCCCCUUUCCCCUGUGUGUGUGCGUGCGUGUGUGUGUGUGUGUGUGUGUGUGUGUGUGUGUGUGUGUGUGUGUGUGUGUGUGUGUGUGUGUGUGUGUGUGUGUGUGUGUGUGUGUGGGUCAACCCCCUUACUAGGAAAGUGAAGUAAACUCCUCUCCUUCUCUCUCUCUCUCUCUCUCUCCUCUCUCUCUCUCAGCUGGGCUGCUACUGUCAGACCUGGGUUGGAGGACAAUCAACUGCAACUGCUGCCGCCGCCGGUGUGUUCCGUGUGGUGUGGACUUUCUCACGUUGCGGUAGACACACACGCGAAACACACAUACUGGAGCUUGCAUGCCCUGUACUCUCUCUCUCUCCCCCCCUCUCCCUCCUCGCCCCUCCACCUCGCUCUGACACAUACACACACUCAGAGGGAGAGAGGCAGUGUGUGUGUGAGCGGUGGAUCCCGUUGCGUGGAGCAGACUGAAGAGAGGAGUAGAGAGGAGUGGAGCGGCAGACUCUACCAUGCCCGUGCAGGGAGGAAGGCUGCAGCGCUGUGUGUCUCUCUGUCUCUGGAGCCGGAGUCCUCUGCUGCUGCUCGGACUGUUUUCUCUUCAUGCACAAGCUCACGGUGAGUGACCGCAGACUUUUUCUCCUCCUCGCAGCUGCCUCCAACCGUGUUUCUGUUUCUGCUCAGCCUUGCAUUAAAGUUGCUCGGAUGCUGCUUCAUUUUUCUUUUAGUUUCUUGAAAACUCUUGCUCAGAUCAGUUCAUCACAUCAGAGAUAGCUGUAGCUGUCCCUCUCUCUCUUUUGCUUUGAAAAUCAUGCCUACAUGUGAGUGAGUCUGAAAAGUUGCAGCUGAAAUCUGUGCUCUGUUCUGCCUCUGAGUUGUUGGGAGCAACUUCAGAUGACAGUUUGAGAGUUUUUAGAAAUCGGAGCAACUGAUGUCGACAUGUCUUGACACGAUGUGCUUCUGUUGCUUUAUAUCAGAGAUUCAUUCAUGUUUUUAGUGUAACACUGCAGCAUGUGUAGGACUAUGAGAAGUCCAAAAUGAAAUGGUUUUGAUUUUUCUCUAAUCAGGAAUUAAGAGAGAAAUUAUUCUACCAAACACACACCCUUACCCUUUUUGAGAGUUUUCAAGUUAUUGAUUAUGAAAUCACUUUGUCCAAACUUAUUUUAAAGUUCAGUUGUCACCCGAGCAUCUACUGACAUUACUCGGUUCCUUUUCGGACAGAGAUAUUUACUGUUGUGGAUGGACAUUGUUACUGUUAGUCUCAUCUGCCGCUUUGUCUGUGACCAUGUUUGGUAUUUGAAGUGUGAUUGGCGAGGUGUUGUGAAGAGAACGUGUCAGAUUUAAUAGUCUGUUAUGUUUAGUCCUGUGAUGUGUGUCAUCGUGCUCUGACUCUCAGCUUCUGGAGUUUUUCCUGCGUGUGAGCGAAACCAUCUUUCAGCAGCGUUUUGGGUUAUUUUCACCUUAUUUUCGUCAGUUCAGGUUUAAAAGUUUAGUUUGAGUGAUCUGAAGUUGUCCACACUCUUAUAGAGAGUUUCUCCUGGGCGCUUAUUUCUCACCGCUCUCUUUUAUGUUGAUCUAUUUAAAGUCAUUGAAGAUUGUUUCAGCUGGGAGCCAUGACGUUAAGCCAGCGGAGGCUCAUACCUCAUACUCAGUGUGUUAUGUGCUGUGACCUCUGCCUGCAUGUCAUCCCCUCUUUCUCGUCCAUCUUUCCUGUCAUUGUCACAGACUGAGUCGGCUUUCCUCUGGAGCCCAUGCUGAGCUUAACACGCUUCUUUAGAUUUACCGUCUUUGCUCUCGGAGGCUGUUUAUCAUCUAAGGCGACACUUACUUUUUUUUUUUGAAGAGCCUUGAACAUUAAAGCGUUUGCACUCAGAGCCAAACUCAAACAUUAAAAAAAUGCCCGAGUGUUGUCGACUAGGAGUAACAGUGACUGGUCUGUCAGGGAAACUGCAGAACAGCUGUCAAAGAAGAAGACAUAUGUGAAAUCUGACGUAAAGUUGGACCUCGACCAAGUUUUCCUUCUUGUUUGUGUUCCGCUUCAGAGAGUUAUUCGCACUUGGUCUUUUGUUUGAAAUGAAGGGCAUCAGAAAGAGUGUAUCAAUAUUUGUCCUGCUUCUUAUCUCAGCGCUCCUAUCCUGAACGAUGCAGUUGCUUUAGAAAUCAGAUCAAAUCCUCACAGAGACAUUCUCCUGCUCUUUAUACUCAGUCGGUUUCAGCUGCAAAACUGCGGUGGAUGAAUUUAUACGAAUUUAAUUUUAACAAACUCUAUUUUCAUUUCUCGGUUUUGUGGUCGUCCUAAAUUUGGAUGGGGUGUGUUCCAGCAGUUCCAGAUAGUUCGAACUGUUUUUAAAUAGCAGUCUGCGUGAAGCCCCGAGGCAAUCACCUCAUUCAUUUGUUGACACAUAAGUGAUUGAUUGGACCAGUUACAGGCUCAUUCAUUGGUUGGCACACAGAAGAUUUAUAGUCCUGGUUAUAGCGUCAGAUGUGACUCAACAGGCAAAUAUUUGUUUCCUGAAGAGUGAAUGAAAAAAGAUGGAGCAGGUAAAGAGAGGAGUUGUUAUACGAUGAUUUCUACCUCACUUCCUUAUCCUCUCGUUUGACUGUAAACCAAGUGUAGUCCUGAGCUUCAGCGAGUGUUUUUCGGCUCUACAGUCACAGGUGAGUGAAGUGAUUACAGCUUUUAAUCGGCGAUAGUUUCGGUGUUGUGUUUGCCCUUCGGCGUGUUGAAGCUGCUGUCUCUGUUACAAACUUAAAAAGCACAGCGUGUUCAUCAUUUUCGAGAACACGGGGGGGACGUACACACUUAUGCAAACUUUCUAAAUUACCCACACAAACACACACACACACACACACAGAUCUUCUGUGACCUUCCACCUACGCCAAGCUGCAGCCUUCACUGAGAGUUCUGGGAAGUGAGGAGUGAGCGUGAUAGCUUACAUUUCAUUGUCCUUGGUGGAAAUAAGCACCGCUGUAUCAGUUUUCACAGUCAAAGCUCUGCCAGUUGGUUUGCUUUUGUCACUGCCCACUAAUGAGACUCUGUCGCUCUCUCUCUGCAGAAUUUUCCCUUUUGUUUUAAGAGAAAACUACCUGAUUGGAAGCCAAAUAAUAAUGGCUUCACAAAUGUUGCUUUUUGACACUGAAGUUUCCAAGUGCUGAGAAUGUGCUUUUCAACUUGCUAGUCACGGCGUGAUCUUUUUAAAGUUGCAUGAAGUCGCCGAAAUCUGGUGCUUUAUCGUUUUCCGCAUCCGAGUCACCGCGCACCUGCUCUACUGCUCCAUGCUGUCAGGUUUCACAGAGAGGAUUUCUCUUCACAUGAGGGCAGAUGAACUUAAAACGUGUCUUUUUGACUCGACGGAGACUUUAAAUCAGUUUCAAAAGAGAACUGAUUAGCUGUACAGGUACAAGAAAGACAAGAUUCAAUCAUUUAAAUGUGCAUUGAUCAUCUGAAAUGGAUGCAUCUCACCACAUCAAAUGAGUUCAGUUCAGUCCAUUCACAGAUGUAUCCCACUCUCAGGAUGUCAUUGAUAAAACUCUCCUCCCCCUGAAAGCCUGACUGAGACAUUUCUAAAAAGGCAUUUGAAGGAAAAAGAGGAGCAGAAGGCAUGAGCGCUGACUCACUGUACCAAACUGCUUCGUGCUUUCUGCUCUUCAAAGCUUCCUGUCAGGAUGUGUUGAGUUCCCUCGCUGCAAACUGAUACCCCAUUAAAACCGCCAAUCCACUGGCUGUUAAACUGAAACACAGAAGGAAGGUGUUGCUGUCACGUUGAGAACAAAUUGUUGGUGUCCUGAAGUUAACUCACACCUCGAGAUGAUGCUUUUGUUAUUUUUUUCCCUCAUGUGAAGCCUGACGCCUUUUGUAACAUGGGUGAAGCUGCAAACUAGGGUCUUAACAGGUGGGAGUUAAAGAUGCGACACCUGAAGGCUAAUGAGGCGAGGGCUGAAGACAUCAGUGUUCGUAGUUCUUGAUAUGUGCUAGACAACAGGUCUUACAGAAAAGAAACAACCAUGAUCUUGAAAGGACCUUGGGAAGGUCAGAGAGGAGAGUUUCGGACUGACGGAUAUUGUAUCCUGUCAUGGAUACAGAUCCAGUAACUUUGUUUCAGCCAGAUUACCGGUCGGGCCAGACUUCUUAAGACACAGCUGGAGCAGGGGAAGUGAUACAGGCGCGGGUAUGUGUGUUUGAGUGUGUGUUUCUACUGAAGAGAUAAUGAUUGAGUGGUUGAGUAAGAGAGUUUCUGGAAGCAAAAGGAAGUUUCGUCUGAAAAGUUUGCGUGAUUGUUUUUAUUGAGUCAUGAAAAAUUGAUCCAGUAUGAAUUUCAGAGAGAAACUUAAGCAACAGAGAGGAUGUUGAUUGAUAAAAAUACCUUCUUCUUUACUGCGUCUAGUCAGGAUAAAACUCACUUUUUGUUCCUGAUCUGCUUAAUCAUAAAUUCCUUCAGAAAGCACUAUCCAGACAUUACUGUGGUACUUCAUGUAACAUAAUAGAUCUGCUGUCUGCUUCACUGUUUGCAAUAGUUUUCCUAAUAGUUUAUCACUAAAGUACCUUGACUGUAUCUGUGCCUUGAAUUUGUUCCCUCAACAUUAAAUAAUGCUGUUUACUGCUGUGAAGUGUGUCCUUGAUCUCAGCACUCUCAGCACAGAACGGUACAACACAAUAGAGUGAUGGACAGAUAACAGGUGAAGCAGAGCAAAGCUGGCUGUCGCACAGACACAGUGCUCUGGGACUAUGAAGGCUUACAGUUUUCCAUGCUCUCCAACUCCCCCCCUGCAACCAUAAUACCAACACACACCCCCACUCACAGCCCCCGGGAACAAUAUUUUUAGGGGGAUGGGUGAUAGGGACAGGCAGGGGGUAAAUGCUUAUUGUUUUUGUUGUGUGACUUUGUGUUUAUAGCUGAGACAGGCACAUUUGUCCCAUUGAAGCUUUGUUUACACGAGAACAGCCUCAUUGAAAAAUUAUGUUUUCAUAUGUCAAAGCUGUGAAAUGAUCUCUGUGCUGAUCCGCAAAAAAACGACUGAAAGCAUUGGCGUAUGCAUGCCAAGCCAGUAGGUGGCAGCAAACAUUUGUAUUGUUUGCUUUGAUUUAAUGGAAUUGAUCAAAGAAAAGGCCAAAACAUUGAAUGUAAGUUGUGUCUCCUGUGUUUGAGUAUCAGUAGCCCUUGAAACAGUUUGUGCUCAGUUUCAACUUUAUUCACAGUUGUUGACAAAGUCCCGCUCAGUCUUGAUUUUGAGAGGUGCUUAAGAACUGACUAGCUGUUGCAUUGCUUUCCAACUGUAAUAUUCAACACUAUCUAAUAGCAAUAUUAGUUUUUAGCCUCUUUUUUGAUAAAGGUAAUAUAAUUUAGUGACUACCCGGUGCUGAAAUUGUUAAUAGGUUAUAAUAUAUGUUAUUUAAAGGUACAGAGUGUAAAAAUGUGACAUCUAGCGGACUGAAAUGCUCCCUUUCUCACCUCUCCUGUCGGUGAAGCAACAGGGAACUUUUGUUAUGCAGCGUGAUCCUCUCUUCUUCUAAAAACCAGUUUAUUUUUUAGCUGUGACUCACAAAAAUGAUAAUUACUUCUGUAGAAAUAUUGUGUUGCAAGAUGGCAGCCUUCAGGGGGGAGGACCCACUCCUACGUAGAUUUCAUGAGGUCAUUAUAGGUGAAUAAAAGCAUAAUUACUUUUGUCAUCAGGCAUUUAAACACUCAUUUUGACAUACUAGUGAAUACUAAACUAUGUUUCUACCAAGUUUGUUCUGACAAGUGCUGCUGAAUAUCGCAUAUAGUACCUUUAAAGCCUAAAACUGUAUUUUCAAUUAGAAAUCAUUCUGGGUAAUAUGUAACAACUGCCAGAUACUGUAAAUUUAUGUGCUGAACGUCAGGUUUGUGAGUCAGCUUAUGCAAAGAUACAGUAAUGUGAGGGUACACUGCACAUAUUCUAAUAUAAGUGCAUAAUAGCUUUUCAUAUUAGGAAUGAAAACUGGCUAUGUGUGUGCUAUAUAUUUGUUCUUGUGCUUGUGUGAGUGUGUGUUUGUGUGAGUGUGUGAGGCAUCCUUGCUGACAGACUGUUUGUCCAGUGAGAUAAUACAGAGGAGGCCUGGAGCCACUGAUGGGUGAUACGAGACUUAGUUAAUGGGAAGCUAAUCACACAGAAGAGACAGAAGGACGCAUACGACUGUAAACACAUAUACACUUACCCAAAUAUGGACACACACACACAUACACACACAUACAAACAUAAGGCAGUGACUCACACACUCAUCAUUUUAGAAAUGUAUUCUUAUUGUAGAUGCCGCACAGAUAAACACCACUGUCCACAAUACAGAUAUUAUUCUCGUAUUAACAGGGUAAUACAUGAAUGUACGACCACAGGCCACUCACACACUUACACACAUGCUGUAUACACAUGAACACAUACAGGCAGUAAAUGGAUGGAAAGUGACUUUUAAGCCUGUGGAGAUGAUGGAGACGCCACAGACCAGAACCCUAAGAAAUAAACACAUGGCAGCUGUAAUGUUAACACCAUCCCUCCACACACACACACACACACACACAAAGCUCCUAACACUCUCUGCACCCCCACGGGCAGACAGCAAGGCACUCACAUGCACCUAUUGCUGGAUUGAACUUUAGAGAUUGUACACGGUGAAAUAUGUUGUUUUCAGCUCUUGAGUCCAUGUAAUGAUCAUUAUAAUUGGGCAUCAUUGUCAGUGGAGGUUUGUCCUGUGUGACUCUAAUUGUGUGUGUAAGCUUUAUAUGUAUGCAUGCCUAUGUGUGAGUGUGUGUUAGGUUUUGCUCACUGACAGAGCUGUCAUUGCCCUUAGCAAGCAGUAGAUGUAUCCUGACAGAUAUAGUACAACUCCUGGUAUCUAAUUACACACUGCAUUGUGAUGUGAAGUACAUACUGUGUGCAGCAUGACUCUGCAUUUCCAUGACAUGACCAAAUCAGAAUAGUCUCACCAUUAAUAUGACAUUUCACAUCAUUUUCAAAGAGGUCUUAUCUUUUUUAACUAGUCAAAACACACGCACAGAGUCGAGACAGCGUUUCUGUAUCAGCUAAAAUAAUUAACAAGCGCCUCUUUGCGCCGUAACCUUCAGCUCUGCAGCUACCGCACAUCAUUACAGAAAGUUCCUUGAGUACUAAAACAGCUUGACCUGGGUUACCGUGUAUUUUGAGUUACUGUGAACCAAACUUAAUCAAACUGUUAUCUUAGUCUAAGCAGUGGCUGUGAAGAAGAUAUUCGUCAGCGCAUCGAUAGGACAGAGUUCAACUUGUGCGCUGAAUGUUUGGAAUAUUUGGAGCCUUUAGUUCGCCAAUCGAGUCAUUUAGGUUUUUACAUCGCCUGGAGGGCAAAAUCUACAUUAAGAUUUGUAGCUUUAUGUCAUGACCUUUAAAUAUUUUCAUCCUUUUCUGCCUUUACAGCGCCUCUUCUUCGCAUCUUAGUUUGUGUGCUGUGUAUUAAGAGUAAGUUGGAGUAUUUAUUUAAAAAUGUCUGCAGUUUGUAUGUAUUACAAGAGGACGAUUUCUCAGCCUGUCAAGAAGAUAACCAUUUGUGUUUGUGUCUCUGGGUUUAGUUUAACCGUGACACUGUAAAAACCAGUAUAAUCAGUGUUUAUCAGACGAGGGAGAGGAUGUAGAAAGUAGAUAAGUCCACUUUCUGGAUGGUUUGACAGCAGUGUUUACAGUCUGUCAAUGUGUGAGAAAAAGACUGCACUGAUUCAGGGAAGUGAAAGGAGAUGUACUUAAAGGUCAAGUCAUUUCAUACAGAUUGCUUCUUCUUUCUAACAUAAGGAAACCCACUUUAGACACUCUGUCCUCCUGACAACCCGUCAAAUCUAAUGAGCACACACACUUCUGGUUACACAGACACGGUAGUUUUAAGCAGUUCUGGCUCAAACAUACAGAGAAAACUGACAAGAUCUCUACCUCCCUCGUCUUGCCACGAAAAGACUGAAAGGUCAAGCCAUGCAUCUCCACCAUAGUGUAACCCCUCUUGUAUCUAAAAACACCGUCAGUAUGUGAAAGUGAGUCUGUGUCUGUUAAUUCCUCUGUGUAAUGCACAGUGCGGGUGUCUGUGUGUGGAUUUCUAAACUUGGCUUGUUAUUAGUGCCACGGCCAACCAUUGACUUGGCACGUGUGACGCUAUUGUUUAUCAGUUUAUAGGCAUGAUUUUUGCAUACCACCAUGAUGGAACAAUGAGUCACAUGAUGAUAUCACGGGAAUAGCAUAUCCACGAUGGUAUUAAUAGCUGCCAAGUGAAUCAACAGCGAGAGUGUGUGUGUAUUGUAACCUAAUGCUACUUAUUGCUCCAUGGUGGGUGUGCAUCAUAGUCUGAGUAUGCUGUAUUCAGAAUCAAAACCAGGUUUUGAUUGCACACUAUAGAGGUGUGUAGUAAUGUAACUGGAUAUAUAAUGGUCACCCAGCUGGCAGAACCACUAUUGAACACCUUUGAAUUUCCUUUUAUCUGUGGAGUAGAGCUGAAUGAAAUAUUCGAAGUUGUGCAAUAAUCACAUCACAAGAUCUGAGAUGUCAGUCAAAUGACCUGAAAUGUGUCAUGCUGUCACCACCGCCUCAUGUCCAGGAUUAAUCUACCAUAAACAUCGAUCUGAAAUUGCUGCAAACAGACACUAAUUUCAGCACAUAGAUCUGUGUCUGUCACCUGACCGUUGAACGUAAACAUGCACACAAAUUGAGACACUGCAGUUGUUACGGAUACCUGCAAAUUGCUCGAUCUUAUGAGACAGUUUUUCAGACUGAUUGAUGUUGGAGGUACAUGACUGCAAAACUAACGGGAGAACUCUCAAAGGACUUUUGAUGCGGAUUAAAAAUGUUUUGUUUUUUUACAUGUUUGUUAGGUUGAGAGUAAGGUUACUCCUCUCCUUUCGUGUCUCUUCCUCUACAGAAGGCGGAAGAUUAUGUAAUAUAAGUACGGGGGGGAUCACAUUUGAAAGCAGGAUAUAAACUGAAAAAUCCAAGAUUUACAUGAAGUCUCUUGCAACUGAAUCCUUAAAAUGCUCUGGAUCUGUCUGAUAAAAUUCCUGUUGAAGGGAAAAAAUCCCAAUGUUAGUUCUUUUCUUUUCAACCUUGUGUAGAGGAAAAAACUUUGCUGUGUGAAACAAGUGGAACAAAGUGAGUUUGGGUUUUAGAUGAAUGUCACUGGGUUUAGCUUUUGGGAAAGAAACAACAUUUUGAAGAGUGUUAGUCUGUCUGUGGCUAAUGUAUCAUUGUGGACAUAUUUUUCCAGGUCCUCAGAGGACAUUUUCUAAAAUAAACACUCAUAAAACUAGCAGGUUAAAAUUCCCUGGCAAUUUGAUAUCAGUAGUUUCCACUCUACAAUUUUAUGCAGAUAAUAAAUGUAUUUAUGUGUGACAAUUGAAAAGUAUCACAACACUAGUUUUGAUUAUUUUUCUGCCUUUCCAGAGUAAAUAUAAUGAACCUUGAGGGUCGAAUCAAACAAGUGAGACAUUACUUAUUUAAUCCCCCUUUAGGCUGUUUUCCAAAUGGAGCAAGUAAGAAAGCAUCCAAUGUUUUACACGAAGGACUGCUUUCUUUCUGUUUCUACAAACUGUUUAUAAGUCUGUAAAUGUUUAUUUGAGAUUAUAUUUCACCUUUGUUAUAGGUGUCCAGCACUACUGUAUACUGUAUACUGUACGCUGCUGCAUAUGGUAAAGCAUUCCUGUCCGACAUACACAUCUGUCUCACGGUAGAAAACGCAGCAGCGUUAAGGGAUCUGUAAGAGAUCACUGAUGCUUCUGUUAGCACCAUAUGUCUUCAACAGGAGUUAUUUGAAAAGAGAUGUAGGAGGAGGUUUUCCAUCUUCCUUCAUUAACUCUGUUUAACUUCAACAUCAGAUCCCAGAAGGAGGAUAUGUCUACAAUAGGUCACUUGUCUUCAUGCUUACAGUCAAGAAGACAACGCCAAUGUACCGGUUAGUAAUGUAGUUAAAAUAUGUUUUAUAAGCGGCAUUACCUGUCCUAGAAUCAGAAACUAGUUUAUUCUCCAACUGUGUAUCUAAGGGGUGUAACUUUAUCUAAAAACUGUUCUAAGACCAAUGUCUGUGUAAGUUCUUAUUCAUCCAGGUCAUGGUUAUCCAAUUCUUAAUUGAAAGGGCCUCAAGCACGUCUAGUCGCCCUUUCACUGAAGAAUUAGAAGUAAAGUUUCAUGUUAGGUCUGUUAGGAGAUAUUGGAUUUUAAUUUGCUUUAUUUUUGCAUCCAAACAGUUUGGUUUGCAUCUGCAUCAAACCAAAAGUGCAAAGUUUGGUACAAUUAACUGUAUCUUUACACCUUUAGUGUACAAAUAGAAGUUGUAUGGCUAGUAUAGGGAAUUAAUAUGAUGUAACUACAGAUUGACGAAUCUGUUUCCCAGGAUAAACUUCUCAAAGCAGAUUGUUACCAGUGUCAUCAUACUUACAGCCCGCUGAUCCAGCCGGAUGCCCGCUGCCUGUGAAUGAUGUGAGCUGUUUUGUUAUGAGUAGGAGCCCACAGAUGGCCAUGAGAAGGAGCAAAGGAGCUUUUGAUGAAGAGGCCAGCUGGUAUCCUUUCUCCCCUUUUCUUUGCCCCGCGCUCUCGCACCUCCUUUAAGCGCCGUUUCAUCAUUUCCUUGUAUUCCGGAGGGACGAUGAGGGCCUUCUGGAAUGGGCUCUCAGUUCCGGAAUCCUUGUGUACCUGUCACUCAUCCUCGUGAAAGGGGACAUACACACACACUCACACACACACACCCUGCUGGUCACAGCAUAAAGCUGGCAGAUGACAGCUGUAUAACCAGAGACUGGCAGAGGCUCAUUACUGCAUCAUUCAUCAGAGUGACACAAUGAAGGAGCGUUUGAAGAGCUGUUGAUGGUGUCGUGUUGUAAAAAGCUGAAUGAAGUUCAAACAGCGUCCAUAUCUCUUCUCUCCCUCUGCGUUUAUUGUACUCAAGAAAGUAUCUCUAAAGCUGCUAUUUUUCCUGAACAAUAUGACAUUUUUCUGUCAUUUGUGGUUUUCUACAUGGUGGUCUUCCUUUAUUCUUGUUGUUGUAAACAGUCCCUUUCUCCACUCUCCACUUAUUGAUCCCUUAACUUGAUUGAUAAUUUGGUGAAAUAUCUCUUUCCGCUCAUGGCGCUCCACUUUUACGUUCACAUUACAUUACUUUACCCACGCUACUCGCUAUAUAGACCGUGCAUGAGCUUGAACGUUACCUUUCACAUUGAUGGAAUAGAGUCUGACAGGAUUUGAUGCGCUUGUUAAAGACUCAAAACAAGUCGAAACUAACGUUGUGUGUUGUUGUGCUCACACAGUGCGAGUAAGAAUCAUUAGUGGUGCAUUGAUAUGAAUGCUACUAAUGCUAUUAACGCUACUCGCUAUAUAGACCGUGUAUGAGCUUGAACAUUACCUUUCAUGUUGAUGGAAGAGGGUUCGACAGGAUUUGAUGCGCUCCUUGAUGACUCAGAACUCACACAGUGCAGGUAGAAAUCAUUAGUGACGCAUUGAUAUUAAAGAUGAUGUAAAAUUUCAGUAGUGGCGCACGUAAUUCAGCAGCAGCUGAAUGAGUGUAGGGGAAACACUGUUGGGUUAGGGCUGGACAAUAAACCGAAAAUUUACCAAUACUGAAAUUUACAACAAUAACCAACAUCAUUUAGCCCGAUAUUGGUACAUUCAGUGUCAAAUAAAUAAAUAAAAGUUGAUUUUGGAUGUGUGUUGGUAGGCUAUGGUCUCUUGUCCCUUUAAGACGCUGUCCUACGUCAGAGACGUGACUCCACCCCAUCCAGUCUGUAACAAAGAGGGAAAGACAGGUGAGGAGAUGGAGGACGGUUCAAAAGUUGGAGCAGCGGCUGAAGUAGAUGAAGUUAAUGUGGGAGGGGGUGAGCAGCUUGUGGAGUAGUUAUCGUCCAUUUAUCAAUAUCAAGGUGAACUGCUCAAUAUAUCGUGAUAUUGAUUUGAGGCCAUAUCGCCCACCCUACAUUUUGUAGUAUUUCACAGCAUUUUCCUGAAGAGAUUGCAUAUGUGAAGUAUGUUUAAAUAAGUUAAUAUGGAUUUUUUUGAGGCUGACUAUGUUGCACCAGCAUAUUUUCUACAGUAGAGACAUUUUGCAGGAACCGAAAGAUGCCUUUCUUAUCUCGCAAAUCACUUUCGGUUCUCCUCGUCCGCUGUUGCCUCAGUGACAGGAGAGAUUGGUGAGGAAGUGUCCCAUUCUAGGAUAUUACCGCUAGAUGUCACUGAAUAUCCUCAUUCUGGCACCUUUAAGAGGAAAACUACUUUAAGGCAUUGUGCUAAAAAAGAGAGAGAAGAUCUUCUUGCAGUGAAACAUGGGUUAAGAAUCUGAGUAGCUACGUAACUCAGUGCUUCGGUAAGAAUACUGUGUCAGUGAGAGAGUUUUGUCGUCGUACUUUGAGGCCAAACAUAUUUGGAAUUUCAAAAUCUUUUUUAGCCAUAACAGCGUGAGAGACCGUGUCAGCUCUCCAGCCUCCAGAUCACAAAGAGGCCUUCAUUAACACAUUCCUGCACAUGUGGGAUGGCUCGGCUCAUCUCCACAUCGACGCAGAGAUAAGAGCAGGCACUGAAAGCAUGUGGAAGGAGAGGCGGAGGCGAAGACGUAAGAGAGGGAAGGAGAGCAGGAGGCCAUAAAAACCUUUCACCUUCUAUGUGUCUUCAGCGCGCAGACGGCACUGUCAAACAGUCAAAGAUGAACUACUACUUAGAGGGAAGGACGGGGCAGGAAGGGAGCCGUGUUGUCAAAUGAGUGUGUCUUAAGUGGAAGGGGGAGUGGGGAGUGUUUACAUGGGCUCACUAGAAGGGCUUUUCUGGUAGACCUUGUUUGACAUGGCCAGGAUAACUAAUGAACAUGUUCUCUCUCAUUCUGUUUCCCUCCAUCUGUCUUUUUUUGUCUAUCGUCCUCCAAAUCUUUAUCGUUCUCUCUCAUGCACAAAAUCCCCCUGAGUAGCUCCUAUCCCCUCUCUCUCUCUCUCUUUCUCUCGGUAUCUGUCUUCUUCUUUCUUUGUGUGUUGUCAAUUUCCACAAAGCGGGGACUGUUCAAAAGAGGCCUUGAGCUUUCGGGGGUUUGCGGGGCCACGGUUGUUAAUUGUGUGUUUACAGUGGCCCCUAUAUCCUGCCACUGAGCCCCAAAACAGCCUAUAGGGGAGACCUGAGAGCUCAUAGUAUCUGAAAGGCUGUUUCAGUGAAAAAGCUUGAAACAAUUAUGGUGUCAGUGAAGUGCCUGGAAAAUCAGACAGCUUCAGAGCACAAAGGGGUGACUUUUAGCAUGUUGUGACAUUGGUGAUACUUACUGCGGUUUUUCCUGGAUUCCCAUUGGUCAGCGGGUGUUUUCGCAGGGUUAGACCCUUAUAGCCAGAACAGUACUCCUUAAAUACAUACUGUUAUGCAAAUCUCUACAGACAGUGUAUCCAUUUAAUCCCCGAGUUAACACAUACUGUAUGUACGCGCAGUUUUACACCACAGCUCGGAAAGCUUAUUUUUCAACCUUUCAGCAGCAGUAUUUUUUUUUUCUCUCUGAUAAGAAAUGAGGAACAUUCAGGGUCAGGGCUUUUCUUGCUUUCUAUAAUAGCAAAAUAUUUAACCUUGGUCAUGCUCCCUCCCCCAGACAGAUGGGACAGGCGCAUAGAAAACACGAACGUACCCUCAGGACGAAUGAAACAUUCAGUAGACUCUGGUAGUCAGAGGUUGUACAGAAAAUAAAUAAGGGAAUGAAGUAAGAUUUGAGUGAAAGGAUUGUAACUCUUAGUUGUGUUUAGUAAAGAAAUAGAUGUACAAACAUCACUUUCACACUGCUAGGAAGCAGCAUAGAGUCAGGGCGGCAAACUUAUUAGUUUUAGGAUGAUAUAAAUCAACUAGAUCUACUAUUUUUAAAGUCUCAAAACUCUAUAGGCGUUACUAGUCCGCUUAUGAUGAGUGUUUCAACCAGUUGUGAGACCCAAAUAUGAGUCACAACCAUAGACUGUAUAGACUAGAGACAACUUGGUUCCGCCUUACGCCAUUAUACAGAUUUAAAGCCAAAAAGCUCUCGGUAUUUCUGCGAUUUUUCUCCUUUUCCUGAAACCAACAUUGCGCAGUAGCAUUGCACGCAUUUGGCGGGAGAGUUACAGAGAGUCGCUGUGACGCUCGGCUCAAACAGCGAAUCCCCCGGUGAGCUACGCAAUCUUCGUACGCCCAUAGGCUGUAUCAAGUGUCAAUCAUAGAAAUUAUGAACCCUCUAAUAACUUUUAAAAACGGAGCUUCACAGUAAAAAGAGAACUUGAGCACAAACCAGUCUGACAGUAACUACAUCUCAGGGGGGAGAAAUAUUUAUAUUCUGUGUGAUAAAUUUCUGAAGUUUGUCCACAGCUCCAUAAGAAUAGCUUGAGAAGGAGGGAUUUAUGACCUAUACUGCAGCCCGUCAACAGAGGGUGCUGUUCUCAGAGUGGCUUCACCCAGCGAGGAGGCAGACGGUGCCUAGUCUAUAUUCCGUCUAUGGUCACAACUUGUUAAGUAACUAAUAAAACUGUGGCCUUUUUUCUACCAAUACAUACAAACAUAAACUUUGUUUCAUGGGUCUCUGCAGUUUUUGCUGAUUUCGCAUCAGAAAAUCAAAUUUUCUACAAGCAGCAUUCAUGAGUUGCGUGAUUGUGGCUUUUUCUUUUUUUACUCCCUCCUCGCUAUCUCUCUCCCACUGUAUUCACACACAUACACACACACACACACACACACAGAGCAGUAGCCAGAGAUCCCAGGUGCAGGAUGGAUGUGAAAGGCUUUGUGUUUUGUCAACAGCACAGCAGCACCUCACAUGACUAUCCGGCGGACUCACGCAGGGAGGACAGGGGCAAAGAAAGUGGAGGAUGAGAAGCAGCCGUGUGGGACUUUCGGGGAUGAAUCGAAGUAGCUAAAGAAAAAAGAAAGGAGUUUGUUUAACUGGUGGAAGAAAAGAAAAAGAGGCGGAAAAGUGCGGAAGGCAGAGAUAUAGGACAGAGAAGAAAGGGAGAGAGAGGCUGGCACCGAGUGCGACACAAAGUGAGUGAGCAUUAGGGAGCAGGACGGAGGAGGUGAUGGAGUGAGGGGGAGACAGAGUGAGAGAAAGGGUGGAAAAGGCCAGUGGCCUCUGCUCUGUCCCCUCUGUGUGCUGCUAAACUGCCCACCAGUUCCCCGCAGCUCUGUCACUUCUCGUUUGUUAAUCCCCCUUUCUUCUCCCCCUCCUCCUUUUCCUCGCUCCCUUUCUCUCAAAUCGGUCAAUUGUUAAUGUGACCCCUUUAAACCCCACCGCCCCUCUCUCGCAGCAUUGUCAACACAUUAUCAGUGUGUACAAGAGCGACAUUUAGAAAGGGAAGUGCUUGAUUACAAAUGGCGAUGCUUGUUGGAAAGAAUUUGCCAAAGUUUCUUCAUCACAGUGACGGUCUCUCUUAUCAAGCUCCUUUAAAGAUACUGUGUUGGAUUGAUAAAUUGCGGUGAGAAGCACAACAACCGGAGAAAUCCAUUUUCAUAUCUGUAGUUAUUUUCUUUUUUUUUUUGCUUUUUCCUGAGCUAAAUCUGACAACAGAGCUCCAGAAAUAUCGAAGCAGAUCUGAAGGGCAUGUGUGCAUACGAGUUUGAGCUUCUGUGUGUGAGGUAUUAUUUGUGUGUGUGUGUGUGUGUGUGUGUUCCAGUCCACAAGGGAGCUUUAAGCGUUUGUCCCUGGAGGGGUUUCUUUGAUGUUUUGUGAAGACAGCUGAGCUCAGAUGAAAGAGAAGUUACCACCCGUUAUCUGACAUGUGACUGACAGACUUUAAGCACCCUGAACAUAUGAAGCGCCCGUUUAAGUUUUUAUCUCAGCCAAUUUGUUUAAUGUAAGUGGGGCUUUUUUAUGAGCGGUAAAGUCAUCUGACCGUGAAAUACACCUCGCCUGUCAUUAACCACGACCAAAACAAAGCUUGUGCAAACACGUUGGCUUUGAGGACGUGUUUCACGAGAGUAAAUUGAUUUGAUUUAAAAGAACUUCAGAGUCAAACAGCAGACUUUGGAGCAGCUUUGUGUUGAGUUAAAGGAGCUUUCACAACUGGAUUGUUUGGAGACGUUUUCCCAGAAUAGUCUUUGGUCUGUGUGUCACAUGUGAGAACUGCAAAGGAGGAGGUGGUCACAUCUCACUUUGGUACCAGAAAAACUGUCUGUUUGACUUAUCACAGUCCAAUAGUUGAUAGGAUCGGUAUAUAAGUAGCAACAGGCUGGCAUUACUCACCAUUUUCAUGUGAUUUGAGAUCAGCAGAAGAGCUGGUUUUAGAGGCGGCAGCAGUCCAGGACUCUUUAACAUCUGCUGGUUCAGUUCUGAGACUUUAGUCCAGCUUGAUUUUGUCCUCCUCAUCACUGCGACCUCCACUUCUUACUACAUCAUCUCAUUGAAAGCUCCUCUCUUUCGCACAUUGACCCAGAAGUUUAUGAGCCUCUGUAUUUCUUAAAACCACGUCCGACAUUUGACAGCCUGUCCACAGCUACUGCUUACUUUUAUGUUCAAGUCAUUGCAUACCACAUGGCUUUUUUGCACACUUAAAUGCACAGAGGUCUUUGGUUUUUGUGCUUCAAAUAUCCUCUCAGGUUAUCGUCACCUCCUCUGCUUUACCGUGUGUAACUGUCCCUACAAAAGUCUCCUUGGUUCUUGUAUUCUGACUCUGCCCUGUUGCACAUAUUGUCUAAAUUAUUGAGCCGCAUUCUUUACGAGGAUAUUUUUUAUAUAAAAACACUAAAGCCAAGAACUAGAGGAGGAAAUGUGCUUCAGCUCAGAGUUCAGGUUUUGUAUCUGCUGGUAGUUUUAUUUCAGAGAGGAAGGACUCUCUGGGCUUGCAGCUGUUCAGCAUCUGGCCUCAAUGAUCAGACUGGAGUGAAUGAAAAAGCAUGAAGGAGAGACACUUCCUUGAUCCUUUUUUUUCCCUCAAGUGACAAACAGGUGCUCUUUUGAAAUAGGAUAAGAAGGGAAUACAAAAGCCCAGUUCUUGCUCUAAGAGGCCGUAUCAGCCAGAAAUUCAUUUCUCACUUUUACGUCGGUGCUCAGACUCAAAGUUUGUUUUUAAUUUACUUUUGGCAUAUUGCAUUUUCCCUCCGUUUUCUAUUUAUUUAUUUUCACUUGUUGUUUUUGGGGACUCAGAUAUUGUUUUCUCAAAGAUUAUGCUCGGGUUCAUUCUGCCAGCUCAUGUGGAAUAGAUUUAUCAUAUGAAUAUAGAGUAUGCAUGUAGUUUAUAUUUGCCGUCUUGGCCUCGACACUCCUUGCAUCAUACAAUAGUACAGAGAUGAAACAGGAAUGCGAAGAUAUUAAGGUCAUUCCCCAGGGGAGCUUGCAAACCUGCAUAUGGAUGCUGAGGUGGAGGGUUUAUGAACGACUGUGUGCAGCAGAGAAUUAGAGAAUUAAAACUAGAUAUUCUCAACCAUCGAGUACAAUACAGAGAAACGUAAAGAUUCAGAUUCUGAUUCAUGCUGCAUGGAUGUGUUGGGAGUAGACAGCAAAGCAAGUCUCAACACUGAUAAUGUAGUAGCAUCGUACUGCAAAGGGUGUGUGCUCAUUUAUCAAGCAGUGACUAUAAACGAAACACACCUGGAAAUGUUUGCUGAGACCAGCCGACUGUUUCGCUGAGUAUAAAAUUCAUGAUUUAUCUCUUGGCUCUCUCUUCCUCGAACACAUUUUUCAGGAUUUUAGAAAAACUGUUUUCAAGUCGUGGUUUUCAUUAUACCAGAAGCUCACUAUGUCUGGCUGCUUUCUGCCGAAUCCUCCUUGUUUUGCAGAUAUUCUCCAAACAGCCUCCAGCAAUAGAAGUGCAUGCACAUGAUGGCAUUAAUAAUGAAAACCCUGACCCUGCCAGUGUCGGUGAUUUUUCUGAUUCAUGGUUUAGAUAUCGACUUGUUUUUUUUCUACCUCUUUCUAAACUCAGUGUUGCCUUCUUUGUCAUUUGCCUGUUUUUAUAGGGAAUAUAUUGGACAGUAUGCUGCUGAGGGCGUCCAGUAAGGAGGCAGUGGAUAGCGGGAAGGAGGCAAGCGGCAGCACAGCUCCUGCUUCCUCCUCCCAGAGACUACUAUGGUGUCACUGUUAUCACCACUGUCCUGACGAUUCAACCAACAAUACAUGCAGGUGGGGACGUCUUUGCAGAUGCAUGCACAGAUACACUCACUCUGAAGUGCAUUUUCUGUCUUAUUAUGAUGGUGGAUGUGGUGGUAUGUCUUAUGAGCAUACCUUUACUGUUUGUAUGAAUAACUGGUGCUAACCCUUGUCUUCCAGGACGGAUGGUUACUGUUUCACAAUGGUGGAGGAGGAGGGAGGGGUACCGGUGCUGACUGCAGGUUGCCUGGGGCAGGUGGGAUCAGAGUUUCAGUGCAGGGUGAGUAGAGAGAGCAACAAUCCGGACAGUCUUCUGCUCAAAAUCUUUCCAAAAAUUUGAUUGAAUAACUUUAUUAUGAUGGUAAAAAUCACAAGUAAACAAAUUAAGCAGAUUAUGUCAAUCAAACUAGAGUUUCAUGAUUUAUUUGUGAGAAAAUUGAAUUUAGAGUGAACAGCCGUAGUCGAUUAAUGUCUUGGUAGAUCGUUUUUUGGCGGAUAAAGUUCUUCGGGACAACUCUGUCGUAACUUUGAUACAAACCAGAGAAAAGGAGCACCUCCUUACAUUUGAAGAAGUGAAUAUUUGCAAUCAGAUGUAAGAGGUUAGAACAGGUUUUACUGUUUGAGCAGAGAGCUCAGAGUUAAAAAAGGAAAAAAAAAAAAAUCCUUGCUUCUUUGUCUUCCAGGACACGGGGAACUCGCGUCAAAGGAGAUCUCUGGAGUGCUGCACAGACCAGGAUUACUGUAACAAAAACCUGCACCCCACACUGCCACCACUCAAACCGCCUCGUAAGUUCAUCUUCCUACUCUUCUUUUCUGCACAUGAAACACAAGAAAGAUCUUGAAGGGUUCCUUGUUUUCCAGCCGGCAGGUGACAGGGACAGUGAUACAGACAGGCCGGAGAACUGUGGCUGACAGUGUUAGCACACAGGGUUCACAGAUGGAGAUAUCAUGACAUUGUCUGAGUCAAAGACGGCUCAAGUGGGGGAGUUACUGUCAAACUGUCCAUAGCUGCAAGGUGUCAGGAGAAUAGGGAAGUCUCCGCUGUGUAAAACACUAUACUCCAUGUGUGAGUGUGAGAGUCCUUUUGUGUAUUGGAGAGACAGUAAGCCUAGAUUCCCAGGGAAAUCACCAGCCACAGCAGACACCGGGGGCACAGUCAUCAAUCUGAAACCCUAUCAUAGAGGAUCAGGAAGAGAAUUCAUCGACUGUACUGAGGGCUUCCUCUCGCUGUCGACUGCCAUCCCUGAGGGGAAAGAGUGUGUGCCAGAAGAAAAUGAAAAAUUGAUGAGUGAAAUAUGAUUUGUAUUUGAUUUACUGUACUCCUCUAUUGUUUCAAAUGACUCAGAACAAUCGUUUACUUCUUACUGUAAUUUUCUCAACAUCCCUCACUUUUUAUAUAAAACAUACCAGAGAAUUUGACCUCAUUUCUUUUAGUCUUUUGGAGUUUCAGCUUAUUUUUUCAGACAGAAAACUAUUUGCCAUUUUACUCACAAAUGCCCAGUUAGUUCUCCUUUGAUUGGAUUAUUGCAGAUUAUUGCAACUUUGAGUUCUUCUUACGUAUACUUCUUAUACCUCCUUCACCCUUCCCUCCUCCCUUAUCCAGUCUACGUAGAUGGAAAGAUCCACCACAUGGCCUUGCUGAUCUCAGGCACUGUGUGCAUCAUCAUCCUGGCUGUUAUUAUUGUCUUCUGCUACUGCAGGUAAAUCCACAUUAAGUUGGUAAUUUAGGGUUUUUUGUAAUCUCUCAUGUUACUUUAACCAUUUCUUUUGCACGCUCGCUUUAUGCUCACCAGUAUUUGUGUUCAUGUAGGUAUAAGCGGCAGGAGUCCCGUCCUAGAUACAGCAUCGGUCUGGAGCAGGAUGACACCUACAUUCCCCCUGGAGAGUCCCUGAAGGACCUGAUAGAGCAGUCACAGAGCUCUGGCUCAGGCUCAGGGCUCCCUCUGUUGGUAAGGCACUAAUAUUGCAGCUCCAUAAAAAAUGCACCAUAAAGCCUUCACUUUGGCACAGAAUUUGGCAUGUUUGUCUAAUUAGAGGUAUAUGGGAAGAUAAAAGAUAGUUAAAUGCUUUUAAGAUAUUUAAGUGAAGAAGCUCUAAGCUAGUUUUUACUGUAUAUUUUACCCACACAUGACUCAAAUGUUUUUGCAGAUUUUGUGCACAGUGUGUGAGGAUGAAUGUAUUAGAAUACAGUGCUAGGCAGACAUGAAUCUUAAGACUUAUUAAACAUCAAUCAAUCAAUCAAUCAAUCGAACUUUAUUUGUAAAGCACUUUUCAUACAUAUAAUGUAGCACAAAGUUCUGUCCAUUCAAGCAGGAUAUUAAAAACAAUGAAAUAGAAUAAAUAAAAAUACAAAUACCAAACCCCACCCACCCUCCCAGCCCCCAUUUAACACAUCCAGCACUCACACGCUCACACACACACACAGAUGCAUACGCAAAAGACCAGGUGAGGACUCUUUAACUUGCCACAGAUGACUGAGGAAACGCUAUCGUGAGUUAAAAGAAAUGAGGAAACACUGGAUCUAGGACUAAAACGAUAAAACCAUGAUAAAAAAAAUAAUAAUAAAGGUGAUAAAGCAUUAAAAGUUAGUCAAAUAAAACAGUCCUAAAAUCAAACAAUAACAUAAAGUAAAUUAAAAAAGAGGAAAUAAAACACAAAAUUGUUACUCGACAACUAAAACAGGGUAAAAUCACAUAAUUCAGAUUAAAAGAUUAAAACAAAGUUCAACUAAAAGCCAGACUUAAAAAGUAGGUCUUGAGUUUACUUUUAAAAAAGAUGAAUAGUAGGUGUCGCUCUCAGGUCUGCAGGUAGGCUGUUCCACAAAUGGGGACCGUAAUGUUGGAACGAUGAUUCACUGUAUGUCUUAGUUUUGACUUUGGGAACAAUUAAAAGACCACUACCUGAAGACCUGAGGGCUCCUCUAGGCUCAUAUGGUAAAAGGAAAUUAGAUAAAUAAGAAGGACCAAGACGAAUUAAGAGCUGUAAAAACUAAUAAAAGAAAAUCUACUCUAAAAGACACAGGUAGCCAACGCAGCGAUUUUAAAAUUGGUGUGAUGUGGGCUCUCUUUCAUGUCUUCGUCAGCAUGGGUGCAGCUGAAUUUUGUAGGAGCUGAAGCUGUGAAAUGUUCUGACCCCUUUUCAUCCUUUUCUCAUCCUCAGGUGCAGAGAACGAUAGCCAAGCAGAUUCAGAUGGUGAAGCAGAUAGGCAAGGGGAGGUAUGGAGAAGUGUGGAUGGGCAGAUGGAGAGGAGAAAAAGUGGCUGUUAAAGUUUUCUUCACCACAGAGGAAGCCAGUUGGUUUCGAGAGACGGAGAUCUACCAGACGGUUCUUAUGCGGCACGAAAACAUACUGGGUAAGACUGAUUUACAUCUUUGGGUGAAUGUCUCUGCACACAUCAAGUCAUGUCAAUUUUUGUCCAUGUCUCUGACUUUCGUGUUGUAUUUUUUACAUUCAGAAAAACUGUGUAAUUUUUGCACAGAUGGACCCUGAAGGACAUAUGUGAAUGAAUGUUUAUAAGUGAUAGUCUAAAAGUUUGAUUAACUUGCAUGAAACCAACAAAAAGUGGAAAAUAAACAAACUGACAGAAUAAAGUUGUCAGAGUUGGACUUGUCCGUUCUUAUCUAUGCUGCACCACACUGCAACCACUGCCAAAACAGAUCAAUUAUAGCCAGGAGACUGAACACCAAACGCACACAAUUAUAAAGUAGACAACAACAGACAGCGGACCAAAGCCUGCAUAAUUAAACAGCACAAGAUGCAUAGUAAUUAAGUCGGGGGGCAAAAGAUCACUUGCCAGUAAACUAGAAGACAGACUAGAUGCUGCUGUGCAUAAUGCUCCUAAAGUGGUUGCUACAUUAUGUUUUCUUAUGUCUGCUUUAAUUUGUCGAGCUGAAGCUGCAAUAAGAUGCUGUUUUCUUGGUCAACUCUGGAAACUUACUGUGUAGGACUAGUUUCUUGGCCUCACUGCAUCCUCUUCUCCGUCCAUUCUCAGGUUUUAUAGCCGCCGAUAUCAAAGGAACCGGCUCUUGGACUCAGCUCUACCUGAUCACAGACUACCACGAGAACGGCUCUCUGUAUGACUACCUCAAAUCAACCACUCUGGACAAUAAAGCCAUGCUGCGACUGGCCUACUCCUCUGUGUCAGGCCUUUGUCAUCUCCACACCGAGAUCUUUGGCACCCAGGGGAAACCCGCCAUCGCCCACAGGGAUCUGAAGAGUAAGAACAUACUGGUGAAAAGAAACGGGACCUGCUGUAUAGCCGACCUGGGACUCGCAGUGAAGUUUAUCAGGUGAGAAUGUCAGAGACGAGGGUCUUCAUAUUAUAGUUUCACUUUAUUUUGUCGAAGGAUGCAGGAGAGUGCUCCACUAAUCCAUCCUUCACGUCUAAGUGUCAUAUUUAUGUUGUCCCUGCAGUGACACCAAUGAGGUUGAUAUUCCUCCGAACACCAGAGUGGGUACAAAGCGCUACAUGCCUCCAGAGGUCCUGGACGAGACUCUGAACAGAAGUCAUUUUCAGUCGUACAUCAUGGCCGACAUGUACAGCUUCGGGCUCAUUCUCUGGGAAAUCGCUAGACGCUGUGUCUCAGGAGGUAAACAAUAUUUCGCACCAGCAAGACUGCCAGAAAAGACACUUAUGAAGGAUGGGAUUUUAGAGGAUAUUUUAGGGCUAUAAUCCAACAGCAUUUAUCAAACUGUAAGUCUUCUUCAUUUUAGGAAUCCUUGAAGAGUACCAGCUGCCAUAUCAUGAGUUAGUCCCUACAGACCCGUCAUAUGAAGACAUGAGAGAAGUGGUCUGCAUCAAGAGACUACGACCUUCCUUUCCCAACCGAUGGACCAGUGAUGAGGUACAAUAUUGAAACCUUUUCUCAAUAAACUUGUUCAGACACAGUCAGCAAUAACUUUUCUAACAUGAACCUGUUUCUCUUCAGUGCUUGAGACAGAUGGGGAAGCUGAUGACAGAGUGCUGGGCCCACAGCCCGGCCUGCCGCCUCACAGCCCUACGGGUCAAAAAGACACUUGCCAAGAUGUCAGAAUCACAGGACAUCAAGCUGUGAGUGGCCACUGCCAAGUGUGUGUUCCCACACAUAGAAAGGGCAUUAACUAUCACACUGGUUCCGAUGAAGGCUGCACAAUCCUACUUUUCCUGGAGACACAGGGAGCAAGAUCAUCACUUGGAGAUCAGUGGAUCACAAGUUUCGUGUCCACAUGCCCAGAACUCUGCAAUCCAAACACCUCUCCUUGGAAAAUUUGACUCUGAUGGUACAGUAAAACUAAAAGUAGUAACAAAUCAAGACUCUAAAACCAGCUUCCUGCUCCUGUUGGAGAAAGAGAUUGGACUCAGCCCUGUAGCCACAGAGAUACAGAAACAAGCUACUGACCAGUGAGUGGAUAAUAAUAUAUGACUGCUUUCUGUGAAAGCUACCUUACCUGUAGAUGAAGGUCCGAUUGUUAGAACGGAAAGGAUGUGCUUUAUUGCAGCAUGACACCUCCUCUCAAAACACUGUCACUCUACUACUGCCUGAUCAUUGUAAUUGGAUUGAACACAUUUUUGUCACUCUAAAAUUGACUGUUUUUGGUUCCAAUGACUGACACUAUGUGACAGAAAAAAAGUGUAUUUUAAUGCUUUAAAAGUUCUGUCUAUGCUGGUAAUGUUUGUAGACACUGAAGAAGAGGUACUUGUGUAUUUUUGAGUUUGGGUUGGUCAAGAAAGUUGCUAACAGGUUUUUUUUUCCCAUGUAAAACUCAAACUCUUUAAUACUAUAUGUUGAAAAAUAAAGGUUAUAUGAUCAGAUAUCUCGCUACUUA